AUGGCCUUGCUUGCUAUUUUCAGUCGGGUUAGGUACGUAACGUAAUUCAGUAUCAAUGUCAGACUUUUUGAAUCAGACAUAAACCCACUCUUGCAGGAGAGAGAGAGAAUCGGCUCCCUCGUGCAUUUGAAGAAGUUGCUUCCCUGAACCAGUUCGUCUUCGGACAGCUCAUCAGUCGACGGAAGGAGGCGGGUUGAGGACAUGAUAAUUGUGUUACAGUUCGACCCCCCCCCCCCCCCCCACACACACACACACACACACACACACACACACACACACACACAUAGACGAAAGCAUCAGCAGCUCUGGAUUGAUUCGUGUUUGUUUGAAUGAAGUGACACCGGGAUUCGUUUGACAGAAGACACGCCGAGUCUCGGGCUUUCCGAGUGUGCAGGUCGGGUUGCCAGAAGAAUCAUUUCACUCAGGUAGGUGACGUUAGCUUUGGUUACAUCGCUGUGUCACUGUCAGCGGGAAGUAUUGAACCUUAAUAUUACAAUUUACAACUUAAAUACACUUUAAUUUGACAUAAAUGGCUCGAAGUUUGGCUCGACACGAUUUUUUUAACUUACACUGGCUCUGUAAGCCAACUCAGGGAUUUGUAGGAACAGAUAAUGUUGACAGCCGGUUCAUCCAAUCGUACGCGAUUUUAUUACUGUUGUGAUACGUGUGGCCAAUUGGAUUGAGGAGAGGGCGGGGCUACAAGUCAAAGACGCUUCUCUGCUCCACUUUCCAACGUUGAUGUUUACAACAGUGUGAUGGAUUUGUUUAUGCAACACAGCUGACGCUGGGAAGAGGGACUGAGACCCACACAGGCUAACAGGCUAAACCAAAGCUUCUCCACACUGACAGAAGUACAGUCUUUGACUGUUACUGUGUAGAUCAUAGUUUAUUGUCAACUCUCUAACACCUUGUUUAUUACAGUAAAAGAAUAACUAAAGAAUGAAAAUAUUGCAGCUGUUAGGUGAUAAAAUCGACCCUAUUCUACGUAUAAAAGAAAGUAAAAACCGGCACCCAAAUGGUCAAAUUAUCAGGUAAGUUUUGAAAUCAAACUUUUAUAAUCCAAUGUAUAAAAUAAAUAGCUCUUUUAGGGUUAGAGUUAUUGUUAUUUAUAGUAUUAAGUCAAAUUAUGUCUGAUAAAGCAUCAGAAAUGCAAGCAAUUGCUGUAUAAAUAAAUUUCAAUGGUUUGAAAGUAAUUUUAAGCCUAUAUUUGAUUAGGAAUAGGGGAAAGGCAACUUAAGUCAUGUUAGAGUUGAAAAUAUUAUCAUUGAAUAUAAAAAAACUAUUUUUUUAACAACACUCUGGAAUGAUGGACCAUGGUUUCCAGAAAGAAUGUCAAAUUUUGAGUCACUUAGAUAAAAAUCUGAAGCUGUGAGCAAGGUCUUACUCAGGACUGGAGGUUUCAUAGCAAAGAUUUUCAUCAAAGAUACAUUCAUGGUUUCUAGUUUUAAUUUCGAUGUUGUUCAUUAAAGUUUCAUAUGCUUAAAAUCACCUGAUUCUUGUUCAGGAGUAAAACCUAGUUUAAUUUCCAUAAAGAAGGCAGAAAACUCGACACAGAAUAAAUUAUAGACCGAAACAAUCGGUCAUGUCUGCAGUGUAUUCCCUUUGGGUAAAAAAGAAUGUUCAUAGCAUUGUUACUGAUGAUUUGGACAGUAUUUUAAAUAACAUAUAGCUGCUUAUUUUUAAUGUUACUAGACUCAACAGACAAAAAUAGCUCAUGAGAGAACUGUUACAUUUUAUAACUUUAGAGACGUACUGAUGUGUUUCUGCAGAUGGGUCAGGCACUGUGGAGGCUGCCUCCCAGACAACAGCAGCAGCUUCAGGAAGAGCUCGCAGAUCGCCUGGCUGACAGAGGGGAGGGAGGACGACAAGAACAAGGUAAGCUUUUAGGUAGUUUAUCGCAGUGAAAUCAGGUUUUUUAAGGUUAUAAGUUGAAAAACACAAUAUGGAAAAAGUCCUGGGUUCGGGUCCUUAAAAAUAAACUUCAGACUUGAAUAAGCUCUGAAAGCAGCAAAUGAAUUUACUUAACCAUCCUCACUUUAUUAAAAGAAAUCUAAAUAUAUAUGUUUAUAUAUAUUCUUAUGUAUAAUAAUUUAAUAAUACAUGUAAUAUAUAUGUCUAUAUUUUAUUGUAUAUAUAUUUUCUAUUAUUCAAAUAAGAAAUAUAAACGCAAACGUUUCUUUCCCACUUAAUGGGGUAUCAAAAGAAAGGAAAAAACAAACAGGAAAAGAACAACAACAAAAAAGCAAACAAUAAAAAAGGGGGAACACAUAGGUACAUACAAACAAACAAACACAUGUAGAAGGCAAAAACAUUGCACCUUAAGGGUGAUCAGAGACAUUAUAAAGAAAAUAUAAAGACCUAAGAAAUAUAAAAAUGAGUAAAUUAAUUAAACAAAAUAGUGGUCGACUAAAGGCUACAACAUACAGGACGCGUAUCAGCUCUGUUUCAGUUCCAUAUCAGAAGUGUAUGAAGCACAACUCUGCUAAAGAUACGUGCCGAGUCUAUUUUUGCUGCUCUAUGCUUCCAAUACACGUCAGUCUCUACAGAGGAGAUUGUUCUAGACAAGAUGUCAAAAACGAAAACAUGUGCUCAUUAUCUGGUAUUUAAAAAUAAAACACUGUAUGCAGACUCCCAACUUUGUAUCAGUUCGUAUAGAUGAGAAAUACUUCCUGGUUAUGGAUUUAUCAGUAACACAGAACAAUCCCAUGGUCAAUCCCUGAUCCAUGUGGAUCCCAACAGAACUUUUAACUGCUAACUCUGUCUGAAGGUAACAGCACAGCUUAAAGGAACAUAGUUUAAUUUAUUAAACACCUGCAAAAAACCUAUUAUUAGGAAAAAAAUGAAAAACAAUUGAAACUAUCACAUUUUUUUAAACUUUAAAUUGAAACUUUAAAAUCACUUUGCUUUUUCACAUAAAGUAGAGGCUCAACAGUCACCAAAUUACAAACCCAAUUCCAUUGAAGUUGGGAAAUUGUGAUAAACGUAAAUAAAAACAGAAUACAGUGAUUUGCAAAUCCUUUUCAACCUAUAUUCAAUUGAAUACACUACAAAGACAAGGUAUUUUAUGUUCAAACUCAUAAACUUUAUUUUUUAUUUUAAUAAUAAACUCAGAAUUUCAUGGCUGCAACACGUGCCGAAGUAGUUGGGACAAGGGCAUGUUUACCACUGUGUUACAUCACCUUUCCUUUUAACAACACUCUAUAAACGUUUGGGAACUGAGGAGACUAAUUGUUGAAGCUUUGAAGGUGGAAUUCUUUCCCAUUCUUGCUUGAUGUACAGCUUCAGUUGUUCAACAGUCUGGGUUCUCCGUUGUCGUAUUUUAUGCUUCAUAAUGCUCCACACAUUUUCAAUGGGAGACAGGUUUGGACUGCAGAGAGGCCAGUCAAGUACCCUCACUCUUUUACUACAAAGCCAUGCUGUUGUAACACGUGCAGAAUGUGGCUUGGCAUUGUCUUGCUGAAAUAAGCAAAGGCAUCCAUGAAAAAGACGUUGCCUGGAUGGCAGCAUAUGUUGCUCCAAAACCUUUAUGUACCUUUCAGCAUUAACGUUGCCUCCACGGAUGUGUAAGUUACCCAUGCCUUGGGCACUAAUACCAUCACAGAUGCUGGCUUUUGAAUUUUGCGUCGAUAGCAGUCCAAAUGGUUCUUUUCCUCUUUGGCCCGGAGGACACGAUGUCCACUAUUUCUAAAAACAAUUUGAAAUGUGGACUUGUCAGACCACAGAAGACUUUUCCACUUUGCAUCAGUCCAUCUUAGAUGAGCUCGGACCCAGAGAAGCCGGAGGCGUUUCUGGAUGUUGUCGAUAAAUGGCUUUCGCUUUGCAUAGUAGAGUUUUAACUUGCAUUUACAGAUGUAGUGACGAACUAUAUUUACUGACAGUGGUUUUCUAAAGUGUUCUUGAGCCCAUGUGGUAAUAUCCUUUACACAUUGAUCUUGGUUUUUGAUACAGUACCGCCUGAGGGCUGUAAGGUCACGGGCAUUCAAUGUUGGUUUACAGCCUUUUGAUGAUUAUGGACCGUAGAUGUUGAAAUCCCGAAAUUCCUUGCAAUUGUACUUUGAGAAACGUUGUUCUUAAACUGUUUGACUAUUUGCUCACGCAGUUGUUCACAAAGUGGUGAACCUUGCCUCAUCCUUGCUUGUGAAUGACUGAGAAUUUUUGGGGAAGCUGCUUUUAUACCCAAUCAUGGCACCCACCUGUUCCCAAUUAGUCUGCUCACCUGUGGGAUGUUCCAAAUAAGUGUUUGAUGAGCAUUCCUUAAAUUUCUCAGUAUUUUUUGCCACCUUUCCCAACUCCUUUGGCAUGCGUUGCAGCCAUCAAAUUCUGAGUUAAUUAUUAUUUACAAAAAAAAAAAAAAGUUUAUGAGCUUGAACAUUCAAUAUCUUGUCUUUGUAGUGUAUUCAAUUAAAUAAAGGUUGAAAAGGAUUUGCAAAUCAUUGCAUUCUGUUUUUAUUUAUGUUUAUCACAAUUUCCCAACUUCAAUGGAAUUGGGUUUUGUAUAUCCCCACCCUCCUCAUUGAGCAGCCUUGGUGAGGGGGGUGUGAGGCUAAGUUCUGUGGAUUGUACCCCAAAAAUGCAAAAAAAAAAAAAAAGGGUCUAGGGGCAUUUUUUUCUGAAAAAUAUCAUUGAUUUUCCUACACACAUUGUGCUAAAAAUCAACAACGAAAGAGCAUCAAAAAUACAAUGAAAAUAAGCACCAUUAGAAGUUUUACAUUUAUUACAGGACUUUUAAAGCAAAGGGUUAAAUUUAUGAUGUUGUACUGGGGUAAGUCAGUGUAUGAUCUUGACCUGUUGUUCCCUGGCCAUGUUCAUUAAUAGGCAGCCUGUGGGGCUCCUCCAAUUCUGGGGCUCCAAUUCUAUCCCACUAAUCAUCUGAGAUGGAGGCACCAAAAUCGGCUUUCCAGAGGGACCUUAACCAAGCAGUAUAUUCCAUAUUUAGAGUUAACAGGGUCCCAUAAUAGGAGGUUUUCAGUCACGUGAUCCUGACUUCGCGCAAGAACCAAAUGGAGGGCAGGAAGCGACCGACUGCAAUGGAGGAGAUGCAGAAAAGCUCGUACUGCGCCGGUUUAGACGCAUAUUUAGCCUUAGAUGGAGUUUACCACCCGCUUUGGGCUGCAUUCCCAAACAACCCGACUCCGAGAAGACCGGACCCCGGUGCGACGGUGGCAGCUACCGGCCUCACACCGUCCACGGGAUUCGGCGCUGGGCUCUUCCCUCUUUGCUCGCAGCUACUGAGGGAAUCCUGGUUAGUUUCUUUUCCUCCGCUUAGUAAUAUGCUUAAAUUCAGCGGGUCGUCUCGUCUGAUCUGAGGUCGUAGUCGGAGGAUGGGCGUCGGGGAGCGGGGAUAGGGGCCGAAAAGACCCUCUUUUUCCCCGUCCACCCCCUCCGGAGCUCUGGGGCGCUCCCAGCGUGUCCGGUCGCUCCGCACCCCCCUCCCUACACAGUUUGACACGACUUAACUUCGAAAUGAAAGAAUUUAAUUACGGGCUAAAAAUGAGUCAUUACCUUUGACAAAGUGGUCGGUGCACACACGGGCAUUAUCCGACGCAGCUCCUCCAGAUUGUAGGCCAGUGGUUCUCAAGUCCAGUCCUCGAGCCCCCCCGUCCUGCAUGUUUUGGAGGUUUCCCUGCUCCAACACACCUGAUUCAAAUGAUCAGCUCGUUAUCAAGCUCUGAAAUGGCUAAGUAAUGAGCUGAUCAUUUGAAUCAGGUGUGUUGAAGCAGGGAAACAUCCAAAACAUGCAGGACGGGGGGGGGGGGGGGGGGGGGGGGGGGGGGGGGGGGGGGGGGGGCUGGAGGACUGGACUUGAGAACCACUGCCGUAGGCGGAGAUUAAAAAAGCCACUUUUUCCGGCGUUUUUCAGUCAGCUUCUUAUAUCUUUCCCCUUUGUGUAAUACUACUUAGAGCACACGAUAAAAGCUCUUGUUUUUUCCCUGUUCGAUCGGUUCGAGCAGCCGUAAACGGAGCAAAACAUCGUCAUGUUGCAGGUCUCUAUAGCAGCAACUCACUUCCUGCUCUCCAUCUGUAUUGCGCGCGUGCCGCAUAACAUGGAAGUGAGGUCAAGUGAAAACCUCCUAUACCUGUUAAUAAGUUUCUUUGUAUCUGCCUUGUGCAUGCAGUAUCUUCUCAGUUACUAAAAGAGAGAGAACCAAUUAGGGGUGUAAUUUAAAAAUGGACAUGAUGAAACUACGUAUCUGAAAAUAUCUGAAAAAGUGAUUUUAGGGGAGGCUGUACGUCCCUUUGACUUGGUCAAAGGACAUAACAGUACAAUUUGAGAUCAAAUCCCCCACAGUUUUAAUACCUCUAGUAGCCAACAUAGAAGGGCCUGACCUUUUAAUCCAGGGGGAAAGUCAGGAUUUAAAGAAACAGGGGUGAGAAAAGAAAGAACCCUCUUGGUUUUGGAAUUUUCUGACAAGUUUAAAAACUUUUAGGGAGGUCUUGAAUAUAAUAUUCUUCUUAGAAAUGAGACUAACCCAUUUUGCAGAGAUAUCCAAGAUGUUAUGGAGAGGAAUAGGGGUCACUUGGGCAACUUUUUUGAUCCCUGAAGGGAAGUUAAAUUGUCUGUACUCUCAUGUGUGAUGUCUCAAGUCAUCUACCAUUUAUGGAAAAAUGUGGUCUGAUGGCUGUGGGUACAAAAGAUCUUCUGAAUCUUGCUGUCCUGCAGCGAAGAGAGAGGAGCCGUCCACCACUACUGGCCCUUUGUUCCAUCAAGGUGUUAUGAAGUGUGUGAUCCAUGUUCUUUAGUAUAGACUUCACCUUCCUUAGUGUACAUCUCUCCACCUCAUCCUCCAGUGAGUCCAACUUGAGACCACAGAAAAUGCUCCAACCACAGAGCCAGCCUUUUUCACCAGUAUGUUCAGACAUCCUGCAUCUUUGUGUUUGACACUGCCUCUCCAGCAGACUGCCGCAUAGAACAGAACACUGUAGACACCACAGACUGAUAAAACAUCUGCAGCAUCUUACUACAGAUGUCUUUUGAUUGUAGUCUUCUCAGGCAAACAAGUCCAUGUUCUUAGACCAGUCCAUCUUAUUAUCCAGGUGUACACCUAGAUAUGACCUCAUCACCUCGAUGUCCAUGCCACACGUGUUCUCUGGCUGAAGUUGGGGUUUGGAUCUGCGGAAGUCAAUGAUUUUAUUUUUUUUGUCUUUGAGGUGUGGAGUAGGAGGCAGUUUUUUUCACUGCAGUCACUGAAGGCUCUUAUCAGAUCCCUGUAUUCAGCUUCUUGUCCAUUUCUCAUACGUGCCAUGAUAGCAGUGUCAUCUGAGUAUUUCUGGAUGUGGCAGGACUUAGUAGCCAUGUUUACAUGAGAAAAAUUUCUUGAUUCAAUUAAAAUUUUGAAGGAUCAGAAAAUCUGAAUCCACUGUUUAUAUGGGCACAAAAUCAAAUAAUCCAUCCAUGACAUAGGUAUACAUGCACCAAGCUUUAGUCAGAUUAGAAGCAUUUGAACAUGCGCAGAGUUGUCUAAUUUUGCUAAAACAAUGGCAUAAGAAGAGUUGUAUAGACACCUGUGCUGUAAAGAAACCAACAAAUGCAGUAGUGGCUCACUUCAACCAAUUCAGGAUUUUUCCCCUGUUAAAUGUUGUCGCUAGAUGGCGCCCUUGCUUACUGAUUUUCUGGUCCCUUAAUAUUUUACCAUUGGACUCUUGGAAUAAUAGCGUGAUAGUGCUUAAAGAGAUCCAAAUAAACAAAAACAUACCAUGCUAUUGUUUCAUCAAGUUGUGCCUGGCUAUGGGCCCAUCUUUCGAACUCCAACCGCUGCUGCUUGGGUGGAGGGGGUGUGUGCUCACUGCUGUGACUCUUGGUCUCAGAUGCUGCGUUAGCUACCUUAAUUGCUAACUUUGUCAAAACAUCCCACUACUCUAGGUACUCCAGUAGCAGUGGCAGCUGCUGGUCUUUCGAGGAGGGGAAGCCUUUUUUUCCCCAGCCUACAUCAUAAAUGUGUUUGUUUUAUUGUUGUUUUAUUUAUAUGUAAAUUAUACCCUUGGUUCCUUUGUAAGAAAUGAUCUGUGACCCUGUCCUGACAGAAGAGAGUUGCCAAAUACUGCGCUAAUCAUUUUUACAAAGACAAAGUCGCUAGGGAUCGGUAAAGUCUCCAGAUCAAUUCAGAACAACAAAAUGAAAAACUUUAAAAUAGCUGAUUCGCUCAUCAAAAAUCAAAAAGGGAUUCCGCCUCAGACAGAUCAUCUAAUCAUCAUGCAGAAGCCGAGCGUCCGGACCAGCCCACUGCCUCAUAGACCCCCAGAGACGCUGAGCGUCAGUGGGCAGGAGAAAGCUCAGCAUUUAUCCAAUGACCGUCCAGUUUUGAGUAGUGGAACACUCUACACUUCCCCAUUGAAGUCAGUAGACACUCAGUGCCCUACUGUGUAAAGCACUGUGGCGCUGCAGGGAUGAAUGAGAAGGAAGUUGUGUCAGUUACCUGUGAUAGGUAGCUGAUUCUGAACAAAAGAUGAACCCAUUGUAGUGCUUAUUUAGUCAAUGAAAUAUACACACAGCAGUACAUAUUUCACCACUUUUUUUCACAUUUUAGGGGAAGCUGAGUUUCUCUUGCAGUCUUAGACCAAUUGCCACUGUUUAGUAGAUUGCUGUUGUUCAGCGUAGAAAGGAUUUUUGACCCAGAACAUAGUUUACAUGUUACAAAAAAUGUUGUUUUUUCCCUUUGCUUUAGAGUUGAAAAUAAUGUGAGUAUCUCCAUGAGGAGAAACUGAUCUUCCCCUCCUCGCUCACCAUCAUGCUGUGCCCUGACCUGUCCAGUCCUCUAUAUGGUGUGUGUUUGAUUACAUGUGUGACGCUAGAGGGUGACAAGUGCUUUGUUUUUCCAAUUCAAUUAAACUUUAUUGAUCGCUAUCUCGGUGGAGAUGUCAUGCUAGAUGCCAAAUUGGCUCCCCUUAAUUCAUGAUUUAUCUUGGUCUUACCAAGUGAAAACAAAUACAAAUGUCGGUUCUCGGUAAUGUACUGAAAAAACGCUUGGUUAUGAAUAUAACCAAACAAAAUACCAGUAGCAACAAGGAGAAAAACGAUCCAAAUACGUUCAGUUGCACUGGUGAGAUGGCAGCAGACACUCAUCAACUGGCCUCUGAGCAGCAACAGGUGUGCAGUGAGGACAAGCUGACAGAAACACCUGAAUGGGCCAGAAGCAUUGCCUUCCAGCUCAAACAAAUCAGACAGGAUUUCAAAAAAAAAAUGGACAGGAUAGUGGAAUCCAUUGCUGAGGGGACAUGCCCUGUCGAGUUAAGUUUCCCUUUUUCCCAGCAUCAUUGCCUGCCCCAACUCGCUCAAGGCCUGGAGAUCAAUAGAGAACACUGGAAACAACUCAGCUUGCUUUGAUUGCCUUUUUUUGUUAUUGUAGCCAGUAGCAGAAGCAGGUUGAUAACCUCAAAGGAAGUAAAUGAAAAAUCAGGCUGUCAUUGAGUAGGCACAAAAUAAAUUAUCUCCUCAAUACUGUUACUGAAAUGUUAGCCCACAGAUUAAAACGUAUCGAAAAUAGACAAACUAUCCCAGCAAUUAGAGAUGAAAACGGUAUGUUACAAUGGGAUGCUGCCUCAAUCAAUGAAUCUUUUAAAAAUUAUUACUCUAAACUUUAUAGUGCAGAGAGCUCUGAUAAUGCUGAAAUGGACAGUUUCUUUAAAGGUCUUAAUUUACCAAGGGUCAGUCCAGCUAACAGGGAUGCACUUGACGCCCCUCUCACACAAACUGAAAUUAAGACAGCAAUUCUGAAAAUGGCUUCAGGUAAAGCUUCAGGGAACGACAGCUUGAGAAUUGAAUUUUAUACUUGCUGCUAUUAUUUUACAAAAUACUGGACUCCAAAUCUAUGCCCCCCUCGAUGUGUAAUGCCAUUAUCUCCCUGGGUAGCUGAGGUUGAGUGCAUAUAUCAUCCCCAUGAGCAAGGCACAAGCUCUGGGAAUCAGUUAUGACCUCUCUUCCCUCCAGGAUGAUUUUUGCACAGGUUGGAGGUACGCCCAUCUUGUGUUGUCACGAUCUUCAUCAGUUCGCCCGUAAGAUCCCUGUCACUAUCCUGGUGGGUCAGAAUUAAUAUAAAUGCUUAAAGGUUUGUUGUCACAACACAACACAUAGAGAUACAGUAAGUAUUUAUUUUAUGUAAACACGCCCCCAUUUUUCUAGCACACAUUCAAAGACAUAGCACCACUGCGACAAAUAAUCACAUUUACACACUGUAUGUCCACUAUAGGCAAAGUGGCUGCCCAACACUUCUCACAUGCAGCUCUGUAAUGAACACUGUCCCUGUGGACUCAAAAUAUAGUGAAGUCUGAUUUACCUCCUCUCUAAAAAGUUCCUCCUCCUUUUCCUUAAGGUACACCAUUAGGCUACGAAUGGCAACCUCUUUCCUUGUCUAGGCAGAAUUGUCCUGUAAAAAAGAGAAGGAUGUUAAAAAAUGUGUUUUUGAUAAUCACAUAAAAAGACGGAAUGAUUUUUAUGUGGCCUAAUGUAUCUAAUCUCACUAGUAGUUUAGUUUUAAUUUAUAUUUUUUCCUUAGAUUAAGCCAUGAACAGUUAUCUGACAUUAUACUCCCUUAUAUGAAUUAGAGUUGUAAACAGCCAUCUAUUAAAACAUCUAGAAGACAAAAAAAUCUUACAAUUGACUGUCCAUUGUACAAUCAUGUCCAAAAAUAUAAUACCAUCUUUUUAAAAGUAUCUAUUUAUUUAAAGUAGUAUUUAUUCAUAUCUCUAGGACAAUGCGCUGUAAGUGCUGAAUCUUCAUUUUUGCUGCGCCUCCUCUUGAGAACAUCAAGUACAUCAUUUUUGAGGAGUACUGGUCCAGCUUUCCCAUGAAUGUUGUCUUCAGGCUGACAGUGGUGAUCCGUCUGAAUUCUUGGUUUAUCUGAAAAAGAAAAGGCACAAAUAGGCACAAAUUCUCACUUAUACAUUUUACUGCAAAAUACAAUAUACUGUGAAUUGUCAUAGGGAAAAUAAUUUACCUGAGCUGCAUUAAAAAGACCAGGCCAUCUUUCCAUCUGGUCACUGACUGAUGGUUCCUGAUUAACAACUUCCUGCCUGCGAAUGGAGAAUGUCUUUGCCAUUUUUUCCCCAGAGGAUCUACCAGUUGUUCUUUUUCUUCAGGAGCUCCAGUCUUUCCCCUUCCAAACUUUCCUCCGUUUCUCCUUCUGGCUUUGGAGGUAAAUAGUUAACUUCUAACUUUCUCAGCUCUUUGAUGUUUUUUGCUGGUGCUUUGUCGUGUGGUCUCUUCUUUCAGAGAGAGUUGACAUCAAGUUCAGGGCAUCCAAGGCCUCUAAGUUUUAUUUCUGUAGUUCCCCCUUUUGAUAUUUCGGCUGCUGUUGCCAUUCAUAACAUCCAUUAUAUGAUCUUGCUUCUUUCAAGCAAGGAUGCCUCAGAAUCAGCGCCUCAGCAACAUCUGCAAACUGUGAGCUUGAUGGAUAGGCAACAUAUUGAAAGAUGCUGUCAGACAGUCUUUCGAGGAUGUAGUGUAGGAUUGAGGUGAAGUUGAGUGGAGUUCCAUUGUACCUGUAAGCCUAAUUUCCUGAAGUGAGCAUCAGCUCUGUGUCAUACCCAAAGCAGGGGACAGGAAAUUCAGUUGGCCACCGCUCCGAUCGCUGCAUCAUAUGUUCAGGUGAUGAUAGAAUCAGUGUACCCUGGGAUCCAGAGGAGCAACUGCUGUGAACGGUGGCCACCAAAGUGGUGUCUGAGAGCACUGUUGCUGCACUUUGGCUGAAGAUUUCAGAUUCAUUUUCAAAUGAAGAAUUUAGUGAAGUUCAGAGUAAAUGUGGGAGGUUCAACAAUGUUAACCACCUUGACUGUAUCUUUAUCCUUGAUGUCACUUGUCGAGGUAAGGCUAAAAUAUUCCUUUCCAAAAGCAGUAAUGCAAACUAAAAUUCUCUUGAAACCCAAAUGUCCUUAAGGUUCAGAAGGACCAGCCAUGAGGAUUCACUCUCUCAUAUUCUUUCUCCAGUUAUCAGAGGAAGGAGAUGAAGCAAAGCCCAAUUUUCAUGGGCAUCAACAGAUCUUUUUGCAGCAAAAGUCAAUGGAACUGCUUGUGGUGCAUCAGAUAUAUCUGCCCAUCUGUAUGGGAACUCCUUGAUCAAUAUAUUAAGUUCAUCAAGUGUAAAAUAUUUAUUUUUGAUCAUGGCAUUUAGGCAGAGUGCUAGUUCAAAAGGUACAAUACCUCCGAAGAGGUCAUGGAGCAAAUCAGGUGGGUAGCCAGAUAAAACAUCAAAAUGUUUUAGUUUUUCUGUCAGUGGGCACUGUCUCUUUGCUCCAUAACAAUGAGAGCCACUUACCAGCCGUCUCAACAUGACAUUUAUUAUUUGGUGACCACUUUUUAGUCACCGACAACAGCUAGCUAAGAAGCUAUUGCUGCGCUAACUUUCAACCCAACAACAAAUUCGAAAUAAAUGAUGAACAAGAUUAAACUAAUUGACAGUGUCAAUUAACCUGUUGCCCUAAAACUUAACUUAAUAAACACCAAUGAUAGACUUAAUAACUAGCUGAGAAGCUAGCUUAAACAUUAGAACUGGAUAAGCAGCUAGUGUUGUGUAAAACUAUUUUGUGUACUCUCAGUUAGCUGUUGUGAAUAAAACAAGACAAAAUUGUAGUCACCAAGCUGGUGACCAGAGACAUUUUCAGGCUGUUUCCAACUGCACGCUGCUGUGUCUCCCCAAACGGCUGUUCGCACAUGUCAGUCAUCUACUCAUUUUUUUUUUUUAAAUUAACAGGACAUAGAUUUAAGUUUCCCCAACUUAGUGCAUUUCUAUGUUGAAUCAAGCUAGAAAUAUUGGUUCAAAUUAAUUAUUUUAAUUUAGACAAAAUUAUUAUAUUAGGUUAUCAACUUAUAAUAUGUAUACCAAACUUAUUUUUUAUGGCGAAAAUGUUCUUGAUUUUGAGCUAUACCUACUAACUCCAUGGGCUCUAUUUUUGUGCCCGCCGGCGGCACGGCAAGAUGGCGGACCCCGCGUAGUGGUAUUUUUCGUCCGGCGGAGCCCGUCGUACAGCCAGUUUGGUAAUUUCGUAGACUAAGGCGCACCGAGGUCCGCCAAGCUGGGCGCGGUGGUGCGGCAGGGGAAGGUGUUGACAGAAUCAGCUGGCACAGUGACAUUUUCGUGCCCACCGGCGGUGUAGAAAGUGCGCUGAAAGCUCACAGAUUCAAGCCUGGUCAGCUUUCAGUGCCGGCGGAGCGCAGCUGGUCUAGAGGUGUUUUGGUAGACCGGCGGCAUAGUGUGCAUACGUCACUGAUGCCUCACUGGCAGGUUUCCACAGUGUCAGGCACAUUUCAGUGCAAUAAAUCAUCAACACCAACCAAUAUUGGCACGCGCUUAGACAAUCAACCUGACCGAAUUAACACAGCUGAAACUGCAUUAAAUUAAAUUAAAUAACUAGUAAAUAGACACAGAUGAUGAAGUGAAUAAGAUAUUUAAUUCGUCUCCCCCCUAUUUCUCUCUUCCUCUUCCUCUUAUUUCUCGCGCAGCUCGACCUGGACAUGUGUCUGUGUCCUCUCCCCAUCCUGCUGCAGCUGCUGUGGCGGCUGAACAGAUGAUUUAUUUUAGUGAUCAGAUGAGUUAUUUACUUUAAGCCUACAUAUGCAUAUUAUAAUAUUCAGUUUUGUGAGCCAAAUUUAUUUUGUAUGCCAACAUCUAUGAAAGAAAGAGCCAGGCCACGGAGCGCAAUGCGUCAUUUACACACAGAUGGUUCCAAUUUUAAUGCCAUUAUUUGAAUUUAUGUUGUGAUCUGUGCACACAACCCACCUUGGUCAUAUGAGGUUUAAAUAUAUGCAACUUUAUGUGAGUGUCUUUAUUUGUGGAAAUGGAUGUUUGUCUUACCGGUGGGUCCAACAUUACACACACCAAAUCCAUCUGUGCUCAUAUGAGACAGUGUGCAGGAUGCCCUCUGCAGCGCUUGCAGCUACACUUGUUGAGGGGCUGCCUUCUGUCACCAUCGUGUGGCUUUGCUGUCUUCAGCCAUCUCUUGAUCUCUUUGACUACUUCACGAAAAUUGUAAUACGCCUCGCCGGUGGCAGAUUUAAAGGUGUGGAGAGUAGCUGAUCUGAUUGGCGAAAACAGGUCUCGGCUGUGUUCAACCCACUCCACGCCCCUCUACGACUUACGCCGCUGGGAGGAGCUUAGUUAGGGAGGGAGGAUACUUAGGCCGGGCUGUGCCGCUCACUAAAAUACCAAAAUGUGCUUGGGCACGCCUUGUCGGCGCGGUGGACCUAACUUAUGCUGCGCUUACGCUACGCCUUCGGCUAGGAACGAAAAUAGAGCCCCGUGAAUCAUGUCUUAGAGUGCAUACCAUCACCUCUAUUUCUCUUGAAUUCCACCACAGCUGGUCCAGAGACAUCUAAUCCCUUUUCAUCAGAUUUCUUUGGAAUAAUAGAAAACCCAGAAUUUCUUUCAAGAAACUAACUAUACCCAGAUCCAGAGGAGGGUUGGGAGUCCCAGAUAUAUAUCAGAACUAUCUCUCAUAUAAUGCAUGAUACCCACUAACCUAGGCUUAUAAAUCUGAUGCUUGCAUAGGUAGUUGGAAAUGGCUGGAGGAAAAUAUCCUUUAAUGUAAUAAGACCAUAUCAUUGGCAUUUCUAUGGUAUUGUCCCAAACCCCCACCACAGCUGGACAAUAUCAUUAUUAGGUUUUCUUGCUCUAUUGUGAAGCAGCUGCACAGGAGACUUUGUAUUGAGGGUCUCUCUCUCCCAUCAUGCCCCAUCUGGUGUAACCCCAUUUUAUCAACCGGAGAUGGCACCUUAAAUAACAAAAUCUGGUAGCAACAUGGCAUACUAACAGUUGGGCAAAUCUUUAUUCUCUUCUAUCUUUUCAACAAAUUAAAAACUUAUUUCAUAUCACAAAGUCCUCAUUUUUAACAUAUGCACAGAUAGCGUUCAUCAUGAAUAAGAAAUGUAAAGAAGGCGUUGCUCCUGCCUCCUGCCCUGAUUGGGAUGUACUAUAAGGGAAGGCAACCUUGUGGAAAGGCACAGUCUCCAACAUCUAUAGCUUAUUGUGUAGAUCUGCCCCCCUCUCCUGUCCAGCUGGCUUCAGAACAUGACCUUAAUACAUCGUUAACACCUUAUCAGUGGAAUGGUAUCUGGAGAUCUUUAUUGUAUGCUUCAAAAUGUGUGAGAUUUAGAAUUGUACAGUACAAGAUUUUAUGCAGAGCUUACAUCAACCCAGUCACAUUAUCUGAAAUGAGUAACACCAAGACUUAUGCUGGCACAACUGUGGCACUCGAGGCACAUUGCUUCAUCUACUGUGGGACUGUCCAGCAGUUAAAUCUCUCUGGUUAGAUGCUAUAUCAUAUAUGUCGCCACUUUUCAAGGUCAAGUUUCCUAUUUGUCCAGUAACCUGCCCACUUAGUAAGAGACUAGUCAACACACAGGGAACCAUAAUAGAUCAGCUCUGGACUUUGGGCUGUCUUGCCAUUAAAAUACUUAUUCUUAUGAACUGGAAAUUAAGCAAAUCCGUAUGUUUCACCAGAGAGCCAUGGUUGGGAGAAUUUUUAGAUCUCCUGAAUAUGGAACUCGAGCAUGUCUGCUAAAAGACUUCGACAAAAAUUUGGAUGACCACUGGGACAUUAUCUACAACAGCCUUAAGAACUUGGAUGGAGCUCAGAAAUUGCAACUUCCGAGUACAACUGGAACGCAGCAUCAGUGCCUCCGGGUAUUGAGUCUGUAACACCAUCAGCAAAAGAUCACAUGGAAUUUCUGCAGUUGACUUGGGUGGGAUGUAAACAAGUAUUGUUAUGAUAUGACUAAAUUCUCUUAGAACAUAAUAUGGCCAAAGAGCAAGUGCCAUCAGUUCAAUAUCUGGACAACACAACUUCUCCUUGACAGUUAUGUGUGAAGGGUUACACCAUUUCUGGUUAAUAUAUAAAGCCAGACCUCCUCCUUUCUUCUUGCCACUAGCUUUGGCAUCUCUGUCUGACCUUAUGAGAGUGAAGACAGGUAGAUCCACACUGGAGUCCAAGUUGUUUUGAUUCAACCAGGUUUCAGUAAAACACAGGAGACUGCACUUAUGGUAAGCUUUCUCAGUCUUCACCAAGAUCUCCAGCUCAUUGCUUUUGUUGGGCAGAGAGUUGAUGUUUCCCAUGAUGACUGAUGGAAGAAAGGGUUUAUAUCUCCACGUCCUAGCAUUCAGCUUCGCCGUUACACCAGCACAGCAAUUAUGAUUAUGCCUCCUGAUGUCAUCUGGGAUUUGAUGUUGUUGUCCAGAUUUGCUUUGCCUCAAUGAAAGGAGCUCUUCUCUUGAGUAAACUCUUUGUCCAGCAGAAAUAUCCAUCAGCAGCCAACAAAAAAACAGCAAAAAUAUUUUUCAAUCAAAAGUUAUAUACAAUACAGAGUAAGGCUGCAUGAUAUUGGAAAAAAAUAAUAUUGCGAUUUUUUUCAACCCUGCGAUAUAUAUUGCAAUAUUAAAAAUACAGGAAUUUUCACCAGAUGACCUGAAUAGCACUUAAUGUUAUGCUGCACUGCUGAAGUCUUGAGGACAGUUAAUCUGCUCUGAUCUUUCCUCUUUUUGUGAAUGUUAGUAGAAUGGCUUCUGUCUGUCUCAGAGAUAUUUUUAGCUUUUAUUGUGCUGGGACGUUAUUGUGGCGACAGAUGAACACAGAACACGUGUUUUGGUCGACAUCAUCCUUCUUUUAACCGAAAUAAUUCCAGAUAACUGACUUUCCUUUUCUUUUUGGCAACAAUAUCUUCAUUUUCGGUGGUUUUCGCUUGUUCGUUGUUCAUUUUGCGAUCGUUGUUGUUGUUGUUAGCAGCGGUGUUGUGCCGAGAAACGCAUGUCCUCCGAGAAUUGCAUGCACCUCGCAAAACGCGCACUGCUUAUAGUAGAGUGGUCCACGGAAAUGUACCAUUUAAAACCCAUACAGUUCUUAUUUGUUGGGCUUAAUAGUCAUGAGUAAAGUUCCGAAAGUAAUUCUCAGCGGACACGCGUCUCCCUCCAUGUGCAGAACAUGUGAAGGGGUGGGUUUCCUCCUCCCUGAUUUUUAUUGACAGCUGGCAGGGUAGUCUGAUUGGCAACUGAGAAGUGAGUCUGAUUAGCAACUGAGUUAAGGACGAAGGUGAUUGGUGGAUCGCUGCACAGCACAUGCAGAGUCACAUGGAGUGUAUCUCAGUCGGUUACCCUUGAAAUUAAAUGAGUUCAUUCACCUCCAAUAUCGCAGGCUCUGCGAUGUGACUAUCGCACACACGUACAUCGCGAUGACGAUGUUCAAACGAUAUAUCGUGCAGGCCUAAUACAGAGAGACUAGACUUGCAGCAACCUCUCAGUUUAAGCACAUCAUUUAAAUCAUUUAACCCAGGUGGCUUUGGGAUCAUGAUUGGACCAGCAACAAGUAACUACAUUGGAUAUAAAAAGUCUACUCACCCCUGUUCAACUGCCAGGUUUUCGUGAUGUAAGAAAAUGAUGGCAAGAUAAAUAUUUUUUCCACCUUUAAUAUGACCUAUAACCUGUACAACGCAAUUGAAAAACUGAAACCUUUAAGGGGAACAAUAUAAAAUAAUGAUGUUUUUCCUUGUAAGAUAAGGCUUCUGUCUUGCCACCCUACCCCAUAGCCCAGACAUAUGAAGAAGACAGAAGACUGUUGUCUCAUGUACUACACAGCCAGUACUCACCAGAAAUUCCUGCAGCUCUUUCAGUGUUUUUCCUUGUAAGAUAAGGCUUCUGUCUUGCCACCCUACCCCAUAGCCCAGACAUAUGAAGAAGACAGAAGAUUGUUGUCUCAUGUACUACACAGCCAGUACUCACCAGAAAUUCCUGCAGCUCUUUCAGUGUUGCUGUCGACCUCCUGGCAGCUUUUUUGACCAGCUUUCUUCUCAUCUUGUCAUCAACUUUGGACGGACGUCCUGUUCUUGGUAAUGUCACUAUUGUGCCAUAUUUUCUCCACUUGAUAAUGAUGGUCUUCACUGUGUUUCAUGGGAUAUUUGAUUGCUUGGAAAUUCUUUUGUAAUCUUAACCUGACUGAUAUUUUUUGAAUAAUAAGAUCCCUCUGAUGCUUUAGCAGCUCUCUGCUGACCAUGGCUUGUGCUGGAAGAUGUGGCUACAAAAGUGUCAGGAAAAGCCUACUAGAACAGCAGAACUUUAUUUGGGGUUGAUCAGAGGCACUAUAAUUGGUGGCUGACUCCAAUUUAACAUGAGUUUGAAUGUAAUUGGUCAAAUCUGAAUGCAGCCACAUCCCCAGUUAUUAAAGGGUGUGCACACUUAUGCAACCACAUUGGGCUCUAUUUUCGUGCCUCGCUGGAGACGUGCUGCAGGCGCGGUGUAACUCAGGUCCACCGCGCCGACAAGGCGUUCCCAAGCACAAUUUGGUAUUUUGGUGAGCAGCGCAGCCCGGCGUAAGUAUCCCCCCUCCCUAACUCAGCUCCUCCCAGCGGCGUAAGUCGUAGCGAGGGAGGAGAAAGGGCUUGGAGUGGGUUUAACACAGCCGAGACCUGUUUUCACCAAUCACAUAAGCUCCUCUCCUUGCCUUUAAAUCCGCCACAGGCGAGGCGUAUUACUAUUUUCAUGAAGUAGUCAAAGAGAUCAAGAGAUGUCUGAAGACAGUUAUGUCACACGAUGGCGACAGAGGGCAGCUCCUCAACAAGUGUCAUAGUACUUGAGCCAAGAACCAAAAUUUCACAUAUCGGUACCACCUGGGUGGGCAAAUUCUCAGUGACAGUAUUAUGUACUAAGCCAAAACUUGACAGUCAUAUUUGCUGUCACUGUUCCUUAUGGAAAGAAUAGGACUUUGAAUAGGAAUUUGAGUUUUUCUGAGAUGAUUGUAUAGAGUGUAUACAUCAGUAGAUCUUAAUUUGUUGGUAAUGUCUUCUUGCCCUGCACCAGCCAGGAUGAUUGUAUAAUGAGUUCCUGCAUUUAAAAUAUGUCAGUGUCAUAUUAAAGUUGUGUUAUUAUAGUGCUAUUAGUCUGCGUUUACUUUACUUCUACUUCUAAGUAAAAAAAUAUCCUUAAUUUAGACCUUGAUUUAGACCUGACAAUUGGCUAAUUGAAGCUUAUAUAUACACACCUGUAUUAGAUAAAUUACUUGAAAUACUACUUAGGGGGUUAUUACAAGUCUCUAUGGCUAGCCAAUAGUUCAAACACACCUAAAUGAGAGGUUAAAAUGAAAGAAAGCUAAUUUUGAAGGAAGGCAAUUUUUCAUUUUUGAACAGCUGCACUCUAUUACUUCAAUGAGUGAUAACUACAAUAAAGCUACCAGUUACCAAGGUCUAUCAUAUAAAACUUAUUGUAGGGAUGUAUAGCAAUAAAAAAAUCACAACUAGAAUUUGCCCACCCAGGUGGUACUGAUAUGUGAAAUUUUGGUUCUUGGCUCAAGUGCUAUGAUACCUGAAAGAACUGCUCCACCAUCAAAUUGGGCCACUCCCACUUCAUCAACUCAUUUAAUUAGACACAGGUUUGAUUCAUUUAUAGAAAACAGCAGUGUGACCCAAAAAGAGUAUGACUUUUAAUGUGCUUUUGACUUUCUGUGUUGCUUUUGGAGUUAACAAAAAUUCGCCUAUUGAGGAAAAUAACAAAAUGAGAAAAAAUAUAAAAAGCUACCCCUAUGAAAAGUCUAUCACAUUUUAAUUUACUUAUAUUGACCCUAAAAACAAUUUAGUAUAUGUAAGGUUUUGCCCACCCAAGUGGUACCGACAUCUGGUCCGGCUCAAGGACUAUCACUUUAAGCGCUGCAUCGGGCUUCCUCCACACUCUCUCAUAUGAGCACAGAUGGAUUUGGUGUGUGUAAUGUUGGACCCACUGGUAAGACAAACACCCUUUUCCACAAAUAAAGACACUCACAUAAAGUUGCAUUUAUUCAAACCUCACGUGCCAAGGUGGGUUGUGUGCACAGAUCACACCAGAAACUCCAAAAAUGGCAUUAAAAUUGGAACCAUCUGUGCGUAAAUGACGCAUUGCGCUCCGUGGCCUGGCUCUUUCUUUCAUAGAUGUUGGCAUAUAAAAUAAAUUUGGCCCACAAAACUGAAUAUUAUAAUAUCCGUAUGUCGGCUUAAAGGAGGGAGACGAAUUACAUAUCUAGUUAACUUCAUCAUGUGUGUUUAUUUACUAGAUAUUAAAUUUAAUUUGAUGUGGUUUCAGCUGUGUUGAUUCGGUCAGGUUGUGUGUCCAAACGCGUGCCAAACGCGCUCAUCAGAUCAGAUAUAGAUCAGAAUAUAUCUAUAUAGAUCUAAAUGUAUGUGCUGACUCAGAUUAUUAGUUGUUGAUGAUUAUUUAUUGCACUGAAAUGUGCCUGACACUGUGGAAACCUGCCGGUGAGGCAUCAGUGACACAUGCCGAUACGCCGCCGGUCUACCAAAAUACCACUAGACCAGCUGCACCCCGCCUGCGCUGAAAGCUGACCAGGUUUGAAUCGGUGAGCUUUCAGCGCACUUUACACGCCACUGGCGAGCACGAAAAUGUCACUGCGCCCGCUGAUUCUGUCGACACCUCCCCCUACCAUGCCACCACGCCCAGCUUGGCGGAUCUCGGCUCGCCUCCGUGCACCUCAGUCCACGAAAAUACCCAACUGGCUGUACGCCGGGCUCCGCCAGACGAAAAUACAAGUGCGCGGGCUCCGCCACCCUCCGUCGCCUCACCAGCGUACACGAAAAUAGAGCCCAUUAUCUCAGUUGUUUAUUUUUACUUCACCUCCCUGUUGUGUUGUACAGGUUAUAGGUCACGUUAAAGGCAGAAAAAGUUGUGAAUUUAUUUAUCUUGAUGUAUCUUUUUUACAUGACAAAAACUUGGCAUUUGAACAGGGGUGUGUAGACUUUUUACAUCCACUGUACAUAGGCAUGCAAUUUGAUACCUGGUGCUCCCAAACCCCUGUUUUCAGAGGGCUGUUCCAACACUUUGACUUGUAACUUGUUUAUUUUUCCAAGAAAAAGAGGACAGAGAGCUGUUAAUAGAGAGUGAUUUGAAUUUCAAAAGAAUUGGAAUCAUUUGAAAUGGGCACCAUACUUUUUUUUAAAUGACACAUUGUCAGAUUGAGUUCUGUUCAAGUUUCUUGUAGAGUCAGUUUCACAGCUGUGCAGUCCUUAAUUUAAAAUCUAGUCUUGGCUCUGGAGCAUUGUGAUGAGCAUUUUUUCUCAACAAUCUGACACUUUAUGGAUAAAGCUAUUGGACAGAAAAGUUGCAGACUUGAUUUCAGUAUUCCACAUAUUGUCAGAAUUUACUGUACAAUAACUUUAAAGGUAUCAAAUACUUAAGCAGAAGAGUUACAGUAAAACAGUUUAAAGUAAAAUGUUUAAAUGUGUAAAUAAAUCUUCCAAAAAAUAAUGUGUUUUGAAUCCCCCCCAAAAUAAUGUUGUGUUUUUGUCAGGGAGGGAUGGAGGUCCUCAGAGGCGAGCUCCUCAGCACUGUUCAGGCCCUGACAUCUACCACCUGCUGAGGACACGCAUGGGAGGUAAGGACAUGGGAACACAUGCUAACUCUGAAAAUAGACUUGAUUUAGGUUGAAGGUUUGAACAGCCUCUGCAGCUGCUACUACAAACAGGACAAAAAAAAAGGGACCACCUAAUUUGUAAAGCAUGCAGAAAGGGUUAAAGCACCACAAAACACGUGACAGCAUCACUCUGUGUGGAUGCUGUUUGUGCACACUGACAUGCUUUUUGGGGUAAAAUUAGUCUCUUUCUAUGCAGAUGGUGUAGUGUGGCUGGUUAGUUGUGAGGACCCAGAAGCAGACACGGAGACUGAGAUCAACUUAAAGUGAAUUUUAAUGUCCAAACAAAAGGUAGUAGAUGCAAACAGAGGAUGUCCGGUAGGCUGGUUGGCUGGCUGUAGUGUGGGCUGGAGACACUGCAGGAAAAACCAGAGGAGACAGGAGUUAUUGAACAUGAAAAGAAUCACAAGGAGCAAAGUUACUGAUACUCAUACAACGAGGUUGGCCAGCAGACGCGUCUUUACCGCUAGGAAAGGUAGACAAUACUCAGGCGCUGAGAGUGAGGGCUGCAGGCUUCUUAAAGUCCCUUGAUUGGAGAUGUGGAGCAGGUGUGUCGACUCACUCAGCCUCAGCGCCGGGGGAGGGGAGGAAGCUCUGGAAAAGAGUAAAGCCAGACCAGGCAAACAGAGAAAUACAGGAAGUCCAGCCAAAAUAAAACAGGAUGAGGAGGCGUCUCACCACAGAUGGACCCCCCUUAACGAACGCCUCUUGGCGUUCUGCCCGGCUUGUUGGGGUGAGCGACGUAGAAGUCCUCAAGGAGUUGGUGGUCCAGGAUGAGGGAGCGGGAGAUCCAGGAACGCUCCUCUGGACCGUACCCCUCCCAGUCCACGAGACAUUGGAAGCCUCGCCCCCGAGGCCGCACGUCCAGGAUCUUCCGUACAGUGAGGGCAGGGAGGUCGUCAAUCAACCGGGGGGGUGGAGGGGCUCAGGGUGCAUGACGUAACAGGUUUGUUGGAGGAGUGCCCCCACUGUAGGACCUGGGAACGUGCAACCCCAGGGACAAAUUUUCUGUCCGGCGGGCCAGUUCCCGGGUCUGGGUGGUUCCGGAGGGCCUGGUCCACGAUGGUGUCGAUCUCCCAAGAGGUGGAGCCGACAACACAGGAGGCAGGGAGGAUGGUGUCUGGUUCGCUGGGUUCCGGGGUAACCGAGGAGUUGGUCCGAGAAAGGGUGUCUGGUCUGAGGUCGCGGGAGCCGGGAAAACAGGAGACGGUGAAGGUGAAUCUACGGAGGAAGAGGGACCAGCGGGCUUGCCUGGAGUUGAGGCGUUGAGAAGAUAGGAGAAGAUGAAGGUUUCUGUGGUUAGUCCAGAUGAGGAAUGGGUGAUGCGCUCCUUCCAGCCAGUGUCUCCAUUUUUGCAGUGCCCACACAACAGCCAGCAACUCACGGUUUCCCACGUUGUACUUUCGUUCGGUGGGUGAGAAUUUCCUGAAGAAGUAGGCGCAAGGAUGGAGCUUCUGGGUCUCGGUAUCCCUCUGUGAGAGGACGGCCCCCACUCCGGAGUCCGAGGCGUCGACCUCCACCAUGAACUGGAGAGAGGGAUCUGGGUGUCUGAGCACAGGGGGCGAGCGGAGGCAGUGAGAGUGGCAGUGAGGGCUCCAGGCGGAGAUUGACACUGUGGACCAGUUGAUCUGGGGAUUGUGGAUCUGCAGCCAUGGGAGUCCAAGCACCAGGGGAGAGUGAGGAGAGGGAAGCAGGAACAGCCGGAUGUCCUCCCGAGGGUUACCAGAGAGGAUGAGGGUGAGAGGAGCAGUGCAGUGGGUGAUAGAGGCUAUCACUCUGCCAUUGAGAGCGAUGACCUUACGGGGGACCGGGAGUUCCUCCAGGGGGAGCUGAAGUCGCGCUGCCAGUCCGGCGUGAAUGAAGUUAUUGUCCGCCCCGGAGUCAAUAAGGGUUUGGAGCGACGUGGAGCCCUUCCCCCACAGGAGACUGGCAGGAACAGCGAUACGUCUAGGAGAGCUGGGAACAGAGGAGGUGUGGCUCUUCAGGGUGCCGACUGUCACUGAUGCCUGGCCGUUUGACUUGUUCGGGCAGUUGGCCAAAAAGUGACCGGCCUGGCCACAAUAAACACAGAGCUUUAGCUCUAUCCUCCGUCUCCGUUCAUCUGGGUGUAGUUUGGUGCGGCCGAUCUGCAUGGGUUCCCCGGCAGAGGGCGCCGGAUCUGGGAAGACUGAGGGCUGCAGAGGAGACCCGCUGACCGCAACAGAGGAAGGGGAGUCUAUACUAGGUACCGGGGAAUGACUUUUCUUCUCCCUCCGCCUCUCCCUGAGGCGAUUAUCUAUUCUGACAGCUAGCGCUAUUAGCUCCUCAAGGGAGGAGGGCUCAUCUCGAGCCGCUAGCUCGUCUUUCAAUUGUUCAGAGAGGCCCCGAGUGAAUAUCCCUUUUAACUCGAGUUCCCCCCACCCACUCUCGGCCGCCACUGUACGGAACUUAAUGGAGUACUCCGCCACUGACCGAGAGCUCUGGGUGAGGGAAAACAACCGUUUGGUACACUCGGGGCCCUCGACAGGAAAAUCAAAUAUCUUCCGGAGCUCCUCUGAGAAUAGGGCGUAAGAGGAGAACCUAGGUGAUUCCCUAUCCCAGACGGCCGUAGCCCACUUAGCGGCUCUACCUCUCAACAGAUUUAUGGUGUAAGCUAUUUUAGACCGAUCUGAGGGGUAACUAAUGGGCUGUUGGUCAAACACUAAGGCGCAGCGGAGCAGGAAAGCUCUGCAGCCCCCAAUCUCCCCAGCAUAUGGCUCAGGAGGAGGGACAUAGGGCUCUUUGAGGAUAGAGGGAGGUGGAGGAGGUGAAGAGGGGACCGUACUCACAGAGGGGGGAGAUCCUGUUUGCUGCUGUGGAAGCCGAGAGUAGUUGCUCUGCCAGCUGCGCCACUUGAACAGAGAGGCCUUGAAAAGAAUGAUUGAGAUCCUGGAGCAUAUCCUCAUGUUGACCCAGCCGAGUACCGAGCUUCUGGAGGGCUUGCUGAACUCUGUCUGGGUCUGCUGGGUCCAUUUUCCUGGCCUGAGUAUUCUGUAGUGUGGCUGGUUAGUUGUGAGGACCCAGAAGCAGACACGGAGACUGAGAUCAACUUAAAGUGAAUUUUAAUGUCCAAACAAAAGGUAGUAGAUGCAAACAGAGGAUGUCCGGUAGGCUGGUUGGCUGGCUGUCGUGUGGGCUGGAGACACUGCAGGAAAAACCAGAGGAGACAGGAGUUAUUGAACAUGAAAAGAAUCACAAGGAGCAAAGUUACUGAUACUCAUACAACGAGGUUGGCCAGGAGACGCGUCUUUACCACUAGGAAAGGUAGACAAUACUCAGGCGCUGAGAGUGAGGGCUGCAGGCUUCUUAAAGUCCCUUGAUUGGAGAUGUGGAGCAGGUGUGUCGACUCACUCAGCCUCAGCGCCGGGGGAGGGGAGGAAGCUCUGGAAAAGAGUAAAGCCAGACCAGGCAAACAGGGAAAUACAGGAAGUCCAGCCAAAAUAAAACAGGAUGAGGAGGCGUCUCACCACAGAUGGACCUCACUUUAAAAAAUGUCUUGUUCACAAACCUUGAACUGACAGCGCAUUAUGUUUAAGUUACCUCUGGGAUGCAUUAGAAAUCAUCAAAACAAACUUCAUUGUUAAAACCAGCGUUAAAAGAGUUUUUUCUUGUCAUUUUUUAGACUGAUCUAACAGAGCUCAAGUUUUGAGAGAUGUGUUGGGCAAAGUGAAGUUUCUACUCUGCAGGUGCUCCAUAGCUGAAAGAGAGCUCAGCUAGUUAUUCCCUGGGGAACUAUUGUUAUACUGUGGAUUUUUUCUUAUUCUUCUUCAGGACAAAAUUUGAUUCACUAUUAGACCUACAGUUUGAAGAGUUGUACGACACUUCUAUCAAAACGUAAGGUGUGAUUGGGAUCAGUGUGCUAUUACUAUUUUAUACUAAUUUUUCACGACUUAAGCCGCAAAAAGUAACAAUUUUCGAUUUAAGUCAACGGGACACACGCACACAUAAAAAGGAGGAAAUAUUAGUUUUUCAAAUGUCUACUGCCCGGCAUACUUUCAUACUUUCACCUAGAGUCAUCAUUUAAACCUAAAAAAGGAGACACAUUCUUGUCUAUUGGUGUAUUCAUGCACAUUUUGAUAGGUAUGGUAGUGUUCGAUCACUCACUGUUCAAUGACCAUGAUCACUCUUGGAAUAAUUUUGAGAUUAUAAUGGGUGCGUAUUCUGUGGAAUGUUCGUGCCAGAGUGGGUGAAAUCCUGGCCUGAGCCCACAGCUGAUAUUAAUUGACUAAUCAGGGACUGCUCUGAUGUAUCUCCAUCACUGAAUCACUUGUAGAGCAAUUUGAUUAACAACAAAAUGCUGAUUCUCAAUUUAAAUUCUUAUGAGAGCCAGGGAGUUAAUGCAAUGGCACUGGCCCUUAUACAAUGGAGAUGCUAUAAACUUUCCAGCAGGCCCUUAUACAUUAAUGAGUUCAGAUUUGUUACAAGUCCUACAGCUUGAAAAGUUGCAGGACCAAUUAUAUACUGAAACAUGCUGUUUUAUCAGGAUUGGUGUGCCAUUACUUUUCUACACUGUACAAAAAAAAAGAGCAAUCAUUGAAGUUUUUCGAACGUCUACUUCUCUGGGAAAAAAUAGACCGACAAGCAACACCGUAAAUCCUUUUUUUCUAAUUUAUUGAAAUAUAUUUUAUUUUGAAAAUUGACCAUAUUCUCUCGCAUCUCCUGUUCCCGACUUCCUGUCUGGUCCGAUCUGCCCUGUCCAGCUUUACAAUUGGCACUUGCAGGGCGCACGGCUCGCGCAAAAAAUAGAGGAAAGCAGAGCGGCCGCACUCUUCCGCACGCGCUGUGUGAACAGUCACAAAGGUUAACACGGGCGCUGAUCCGAAACUCGGUGCGUGGCGCUUCCGCUUCCACGUGCAGCGCUUCCUGUGUGAACCAGGCGUUCAGAGGGAAUACCGUGAGUGUAGCGUCUUUUGUGUCACUGAGACAUGGCUGCACUUGCAUAUUCCGGACCACAGCAUGGCGGCACCCGGCUUCAGCGUUGUUCGGGCCGACAGAGACGUUAUUAGCAGCGGUAAGUAGAAGGGAGGAGGGAUUGCACUGUAUGUGAGUGAGAGGUGGUGUAAUCCCGGGCAUGUGCACGUGAAGAAACGUCUCUGUGAACCGAACAUUGAACUGUUUGCUGUCGGAAUGCGUCCAUAUUACCUGCCCUGGGAAUUCAUGUCCGCCAUUGUGAUCGCUGUUUACAUCCCCCCAUCAGCUGAUGCACCGACGGCCUGUGACGUCAUCACCUCCACCAUUGCCAGGGUACAGACUCAACAUCCCAAUGUUUUCACUGUUAUUACUGAAGACUUUAAUCAUAUCUCACUGGACAAAGUACUGCCAACUUUUCACCAGUAUGUUGACUGCCCCACCAGAGAAAAUAAAACCCUGGAUCUGCUGUAUGCAAACACCAGAGUGCAAAAAUGCAGUUAUAACAAUAAAGAUCCUAAUAUUAAGAACUUAAAUAAAUGUAAUAAUUAAGAAAAAAUUUAGAAAAAGGAAAAAGGGAGAAGAAAAGUAAAACUAUCUACAAUAUACACAAUUUAAAUGCCAGAAAAAAGUGGUGGUGUAAAUCUAGUUAUUAUUACAGUUCGUUGUAAAGUCUUAUUGCAGAGGGGAGGAACGACCUGCGGUAGCACUCCGUCCUGCAAGGUGGAAGUCUAAGUCUGCUGCUGAAGGAGCUGCUUUAAGCCCCCACAGUCUGAUGCAGUGGGUGAGAGGGAUUGUCCAUGAUGGAUACAAGCUUUGUUAACAUCCUCCUCUCACCCACCUCCUCCAGGGAGUCCAAAGAACAGUCCAGGACAGAACUGGCCCUCCUGACCAGUCUAUUCAGUCUCUUCCUGUCCCUCUCGGUGCUCCCUGCCCCCCAGCAGACCACUGCAUAGAAAAGUGCAGAUGCUACCACAGAGUCAUAGAAAGUCCUGAGCACAGUCCUGCACACUCCAAAAGACCUCAGUCUCCUCAGCAGGUGGAGACGACUUUGGCCCUUCUUGUUCAGAGCAUCUGUGUUUGUUGACCAGUCCAGUUUGUUGUUGAGGUGGACACCCAGGAAUCUGUAGGACUCCACCAUCUCGAUGUCCAGACCCUGGAUGUUCACUGGAACAGUCUGAGGUGUCCCCCUCCUGCGGAAAUCCACGACCAUCUCCUUUGUCUUUCUGGCGUUGAGCUGGAGGUGGUUUGUGCCACACCAGUUGACAAAGUCAGUGAUGACAGUCCUGUAUUCCCGCUCAUCCCCUGACAAUACACAUCUGACGAUGGCUGUGUCAUCAGAGAACUUCUGGAGGUGACAGCUCCCAGAGUUGUAGCUGAAGUCUGAGGUGUACAGGGUGAAGAGGAAGGGGGAGAGCACUGUCCCCUGUGGAGCCCCCGUGCUGCAGACCACCAAGUCCGAUAAACAGUUCUGAAGCCUCACAAACUGUGGUCUGUCGGUGAGGUAGUGCACGGUCCAUGCGGUUAGGUGACAGUCCACUCCCGCCCUCCCGCCCGCUCGAGCUUCCCCCUGAGCAGUGAAGGCUGGAUGGUGUUGAAAGCACUGGAGAAGUUAAAAAACACGACCCUCACAGUGCUGCUGGUAUUCUCCAAGUGGGCCAUGGACCUCUGCAGCAGGUAGAUGACUGCGUCGUCCACCCCGAUGUUCGGCUGGUACGCAAACUGCAGAGGAUCCAGAUGAGAGCUCACCAGGGGCCGGAGGUUCCUCAGCACGAUCCUCUCCAGAGUCUUCAUCAGGUGAGAAGUGAGGGUCACAGGUCUGAAGUGGUUGGGCUCCCUGGGGUGUGCUGUCUUGGGGACAGGAAUCACGCAGGAAGUCUUCCACAGUGUUGGGACCCUCUCCAGACUCAGGGUCAAGCUGAAGAUGUGCAGUAGCACCUCACAGAGCUGGUCUGCACAGUCCUUCAGGAGUCUGGAGCUGAUGCCGUCAGGACCCGUGGCUUUCCUUGGCUUCAUCUACCUCAGCUCACUUUUCACCUGGUCAGCUGUUAUGGAGAGGCUGGGGGUGGUGGUGGAUGAGUGGAGGGGGGUUGAUGAUGCCGGUGCCAUGGAACUGAGGUGGUGUGAAGAAGAAGCAGCAGACGGUUCGUUGGUUUGAUGAGUCGGGGGAGCAGAGUCAAAUCUAUUGAAGAACAGAUUCAGCUCGUUGGCCCACUCCCUGUCUCCUGCUUCAGGUCUCCUCUCAUGGCCCCUGCUAUGACCUGAGAUGGAUUUCAGGCCUCUCCAGACCUCCCUUGCGUUGUUCUGUUGCAAAAGGUUUUCCAUCUUGGUCUUGUAGCUGGCCUUUCCCUCUCUGAUCUUCUUCUUCAGCUCAUUCUGCACCCUCCUCAGCUCCUCCUUGUCCCCACAUUUAAAGACCCUCCUCUUCUCCUUCAGGAGGACUUUAAGUUCCGGGGUCACCCAGGGUUUUCUGUUGGAGAAACAGCAAACCCUGGGUGACCCUUUCCACUUUCCUGGUGGGUACGGUGUUCUCAACACAGAAGUUUAUAUAGUCCGUGAUACAGUCUGUCAUGGUGUCGAUGUCAUCACCAUGUGGGCCGCACAGUACAUCCCAGUCUGUGGUCUCAAAACAGUCCUGCAGCGCCUCAGUGGCCUCCUCAGACCACCUCUUAACAUACCUGAUGGUUGGGGGUUGUUUCUUUACCAUAGGUAUGUAAAUGGGCUGCAGUCUCACCAGGAUGUGAUCUGAGCGGCCCAGCGGGGUAGGGGGGAGGAGUUGUAUGUAUCCUUGGUGUUUGCAUACAGUAAGUCCAAAGUUUUAUUGUCUCUUGUUUGGCAGUUUACAUACUGGCUGAAGGUAGGGAAAGUGGAGGAGAGCGAUGCAUGAUUAAAGUCUCCAGAGAUGAUGAUCAGAGACUGAGGGUGUGAUGUUUGUAGCUUGUACACUUCACUAUGGAGGAGUUCACAGGCUGCAGCAGCAUCAGCCUCCUUUCUUCUUACCACUCUCCCUCACGCUCCGGUCCGCUCUGACGAGGUGAAAUCUGUCCAAAGUUACGAGCGGGUCCGGAGUCAGUUCGUUCAUCCAUAACUCCGUGAACAUCAUGAGGCUGCACUCCCGAUACUCCCACUGCAGCCUAGUCAGCGCUGUGAGCUCUUCCAUCUUGUUGGGGAGAGACCUCACGUUUCCCAUGAUGAUGGACAGGACAGUUGGUUUAUAAUGUCUCCGCUUUGCCCGAUGCUGAACUCCAGCCCUGCAUCCUCUUCUUCUCCUGCGGAGCUUAGCGGGGGAUGUCCAGUCUCUCCCACGAAGGUGGCCGGGCUUGGCGCAAAGCUAACAACUGUUCACGGCUGUAAACAAUGGGGCCGCUGAAUGGGUCGCGGACUUAAAAACUCAGAAAAGUAAAAGAAAACAAAAUGCAAGAGUCAUGAAAUGCACAUCCAUGGUUGGAAUAUGCAAGACACACCACUGCUGAAAAAAAGAAAGACAAAUAAGGUGCCAAAAAACAACAAUAAGAGGGCAAAAACGUAAAGUCUCGGAGGAGCUGAUGUGACUUGCUGCCACUCUCAGGGCGCUCGAGUCACGAAGUCCGGUUCGGAAUAGAUCAGGUUCUGAGAAAACUCCACCAUCCCAAACCUGACUGUACGCUGCUUCCCCAACAAUAAGCCAUGGAUCACCAGUGACCUGAAAGCCCUCCUUAGUAAGAAGAAGAAGGCUUUCAAGUCCGGUGACAGAGAGGAGCUGAGGAGAGUGCAACAUGAACUCAGGGAGAAACUGAGAGGGUGUAAAGACACCUACAGGAGGAAACUGGAGGCCAAACUCCAGCAAAACAACGUGAGGGAAGUGUGGACUGGGAUGAAGCACAUCACAGGUUGUAAAGGGAGACAAAGGCAACCAUCAGGCAGCCUGGAGAGAGCCAACAAGCUGAACACUUUCUUUAAUAGGUUCAGCUCACAGCCGUCUGUCUCCCUCAUACAUCCAGUCCCCCACACUCCCUCAUCACAUCAACCCCUCCCCCCUGUGGUGAGCAAUCCUGUGCAGCAUCCCUCCUUCCCCUCCCCCUCAACCUCCGCCUCCACUGGAAACAUCAGCUACCCCCCCCCCCCCCCCCCCACACACACACACACACACACAUGACCGUGACUACGGGCCAGGUUAGGAGACAGCUGGAGAGGCUCCAAGAUAGGAAGGCAGUAGGACCUGAUGGCAUCAGCCCUAGGAUCCUGAGGACCUGCGCCAGCCAGCUGUCUGCUGUCAUCCAACACCUCUACAACCUGAGCCUGAGUCAAGAGAGAGUCCCAGUGCUGUGGAAGACGUCCUGUCUCGUUCCUGUCCCAAAGAAGUCGACUCCAUCUGACCUCAAUGACUACCGACCAGUUGCCCUCACUUCCCAUCUGAUGAAGGUGCUGGAGAGGUUGGUCUUGGCCCACCUGAGGCCACAGGUGAAGGAGCUCUUAGACCCUCUACAGUUUGCCUACCAGCCCCAUUUGGGAGUUGACAAUGCUGUUAUCUACCUGCUGCAAUGAGCUCAUCUGCAUCUGGAUGGUGGUGGCAGCACUGUGAGAAUCACCUCCUUUGAUUUCUCCGGUGCUUUCAACACCAUCCAGCCACUGCUGCUGGGUGAGAAGCUGCGGGUGAUGGGUGUCGACACCUCCAUUGUCUCCUGGAUCACCGACUACCUGACGUACAGGCCACAGUUUGUCCGUCUGGGCAGUGUUCUGUCUGAUGUGGUGGUCAGUGAUGCAGGAGCUCCACAGGGGACUGUGCUAUCCCCUUUCCUUUUCACCUUGUACACCACUGGCUUUCAGUACAACUCCGAGUCAUGCCACCUGCAGAAAUUUUCUGAUGACUCGGCUGUUGUUGGGUGUAUAAGCGGGAGAAGGGAUGGGGAGUACAGAGCAGUGGUGGAUAACUUUGUGGAGUGGGCUGGACGCAAUCACCUGAGGCUGAAUGUCACCAAGACCAGAGAGAUGGUCAUCGACUUCAGGAAGAAAAGGACUGCUUCACAGCCGCUGUGCAUCCUGGGAGAAGAUGUGGAGGAGGUGGAGGCCUACAAGUACCUGGGCGUCUAUGUCAACAACAGACUGGACUGGAAAUCCAACACCAACGCUGUCUACAAGAAGGGGAUGAGCAGAGUCUACUUCCUGAGGAAGCUGAGAUCCUUCAACGUGUGCAGCAAGAUGUUGGAGAUGUUCUACCAGUCUGUGGUGGCCAGCGUACUUUUCUUUGCCGUGGUUUGUUGGGGGAGUAGCAUCAGAGCCAGUGACACCAACAGACUCAACAAACUAAUCAGGAAGGCUGGCUCCGUGAUUGGCUGCAAACAGGACACUGUGGAGGCUGUGGUGGAGAGGAGGACACUGAACAAACUGUUAUCCAUCAUGGAUGACCCUGACAACCCUCUCCACCUCACUCUGGACAGACAGCGGAACUCCUUCUCCAACAGACUGUUUCAGUUCCGCUGUCGAAGGGACAGAUACAGGAAAUCUUUCAUGCCACAAGCAAUUGCACUGUUUAAUAACUCACAUCUGUCAGACAGGGACUCACAUCUGUCUGCUGUAUAGUCCAUUUUUAAAACUCCUACCACAUCACAUUACUGAGCACCUAAAUUUGUCUGUUUAUUUAUCAUCCCAUCUGUAUAUUUCACAUUCCAUAUUUAUUACUCAUUUCAUAUUUAUUACUCAUUUCAAUAGCCCACGUUCAUCAUAUCUCACUUUUUUCUCUUAGGAUGUUUAGUAUAUUUAGUCUGUAUUUAUUGUAUAUACUUAGUAUUUUUAUUUUUUUAGUCUGUAUUGUACUUACGUCUUCAUAUAUUAAAUUUAAUUUUGCUGCUGUAACAUGUGAAUUUCCCAGUUUGGGAUCAAUAAAGUCUACCCAUCUAUCUAUCUAUCUAUCUAUCUAUCUAUCUAUCUAUCUAUCUAUCUAUCUAUCUAUCUAUCUAUCUAUCUAUCUAUCUAUCUAUCUAUCUAUCUAUCUAUCUAUCUAUCUAUCUAUCUAUCUAUCUAUCUAUCUAUCUAUCUAUCUAUCUAUCUAUCUAUCUAUCUAUCUAUCUAUCUAUCUAUCUAUCUAUCUCUAUCUAUUUGAACUAAAAUGUUAGUGUCCACUAACCUUUAACAACUGUUUAGUUCAUGCUGAGGUAUAAAGGAUCCUGUGUCUUGUCUGCAGGUAAAGAGCAGCACGGUUUUAUAGACCUGGAGAUGCUUCCUCCUGAGUUAGGCAUCACCAUCCUGUCCUACCUGAAUGCCACAGACCUGUGCCUGGCCGGCUGCGUGUGGCAGGACCUGGGAAACGAUGAGUACCUGUGGCAAGGGUGAGCUCACCUGAGCUUCCUGUUAACUGUUUGUGGCAGUCUGAUACUGAUUUAGAUUUAAAAAGAAGACCCUGAACUGACAGCAGCUUUGCACAAGUUAUAGUAAAAAUACACUUUGAUACGAAUAUGCUACUAAUCUGGUAUUAAUUCUAUUCAUAUAGGACAAAAAAGGUAAAGUCAUGCCAAGCAUGAGUCACUACAUCACACUUGUUACUGGACAUCAUUUUAAAAUCAUACAGUGAUAGGGCGAGACAACCAUAUUUUGAGUCAGAAGAUAAAGCAGGAAAGUUGCUUGCCAGAUAUCUCCUCCCACAAACUUUGAGUCAAUGAAGGAGUUUGUGUGUGAGCAGAGAGCUCAUUUAUUACACGUUCAUCUAUCAUAACAUAUAUCAUUGCACAAUGCUGUUAGAGUAAAGCAGCUGUUGAAUUUUGAGCCCACAGUGGUGUACAAUAAUAAUUUCACGCUUUGGAAAGUGCCCCCUAUUUUUUUUUAUCAAUACAUGCUGCUGCCACCAGCUGCUAUUCCUGUUCAAACAUUACUCAGUCUUUUUACAUCCUCUUGCAUAAUUUUCAUAGGUGUCCCUAAAAUAUUUUUUGCAUCAAUUUUGAAGCGAUCACCAGUGGUGAAACGGCAAAAUGAAUCUUAAUUUUCAUAUUAUUUAAUGAGGGCUAAGCUCCAAAAACAAACUUAUAGCAGGUUUUGUGUGAAUGCAGCUCUGCAUGAUCCUGCACACUGCAUGAUUGUGUCACAUGAGGAUGAACACGUUAAAGUCCUACUCUGAUCAUUAUAUAAUUUUUUUUUACUAUUUCAAGUGUUCUCAGUGGUCUUUAAAUUGUGAUUAUGAAUUUUUUAGCUAAAAUAAUGUUACCUGUGCAGUUGUCAUAGGCGCUUCUCCUGCAGAGCUCCGGUAGCUCAUUUGCAAUUCAUCUCUGAGUUGUGGGCAGAGACAGCACUGCUCUGUGUCUGUACCUGCUGUUUAGAUAUACCAGAGGUUCACAGAGAUUUCAAUGCAGAAAUACUCAGAAAUGCAAUUUUGCACUUAGUUCUCUCAUGAUAUGUCCUCUAGCAUCAGAAAAAUGCCAUAUGAACACGUAGACGACAAGAAAAACCUGAUUUUCAUCAGAGUGGGUCUGUAAUGCCGACUGUGAAGAUUGUUAUAAAGAGCCAUUUUUUUUGUUGUGUAUUAUCCAUUCAAGUGGAUCUUUUAUAACCAUCAUAAUAAAAGUAACAUCAACAUUUUGAAAACAGUCAGUAUUGGUGUUAAUAUCAGUAUGAGAUGUGGCUGAAAAGAGCAAAAUAAAACCAACAGAUGUUCGAACUAAAUUAAAAUUACUAUUACUAAAAUUAAAUUACUAAACUCUGCGUUAAGCACAAAGGAACUUUAGCGUUCCUCUCCACUCCAGCUGAGGCAGAAGGACUCCUAAAGGAGCUAUCAAGGGAAUAGUAUUGACUAAAUGACUGUUGUGCAAUGCACAUGUUAGAGACUAACAAAAAAGCUGUAUUUCGCUGUCAAAAGAUGCAAGUUGAGAGAGGUUAAUAUGUGAUUAUACUUGGACUGUUUACAGCCUUAAGUUCUUUGUUCAUUUUUCAGUGCCAAGGUACCUACAUAGUUUUCGCCUUUUCAAGAAAAAUGUAGAUUAGUACGACAACUUAUAAUUUAUGACUAUAAAUGGCUGAAAGGGCAGGUGUAUAUUAUGGUUCCUUUAUUUUUUCUUAUAGUGAGACUAGCUGAUGUCUAAAAUCUUUCUAUGUUAAGACUGUUAUAAGUCAGUUUAGUUUUUUACCAAAGGAGUUUCAGGGGUAGCAGCAGUUUACAAGGUUAAGUACCUUCCGAAAGUUGUUUUGUUUUAGUGGUCUUAUUGGGCAUGUUCUUAGUGUAAAGAUUUGGGGUUUUGUAUGGACUCUCAAUGGAACCAGAAUCAACACCUACAUAUUUACAAAUAUCCUUUUUUGGUCUUGAUUGAGGCUUGUCAUCACAUCACCACUUCUGGAGUUACAGCAAAGUGUGAAUUAGACACUCUGCAGUGUGCUCAUAAAGCACAUACAUAUUUAUUUAAAGAACACAUACGGGACAGCUGACAUGUAUCGCAUGGAAUGUUAGAGGGAUCAACUCACCUAUAAAGAGCAAAAAAUAUUAACGUAAUAGCAGCAAGCGUUGACAUAGCUUUUAUUCAGGAACGCUACGUCACAGACUUGGAUACUCAAAAUUGCACAGGGAUUGGGUUGGCAAUGUUUAUUAUUCUUCAUAUACCUUAAGUUGUGGGGUUAUUCACAAAAAUCUUGAUUUUAAAUAAAAUAAAGUUGAAAGAGAUAAAGAUGGAAGAUUUCUGCUUGUAGACUGUAUGUUCAAUAGGGACAGAGUAAUCUUGGUAAAUGUGUAUCAACCUAACUAUGAUGACCCAGUAGUUUUCAAUAGUUUGUUUUUGAGGCUUGCUACAAUUGAGGGGUAUAGUAUAGUGGGCAGAGAUUUUAAUUUGGUGUUAAAUCCUUCUCUGGAUUGCUCUUCCUCCAAAUCUAUCUCUCUGUCAAAAGCAGCGUCAGCGCCAAAGAAAGGUUUUGAAGAUAUAGACAUAACUGAGGUAUGGAGAUCACUCCAUCCAAAACAAAAAUAUUUUUCUUGCUACUCAGGAACACAUAAUACAUACUUUUAGCAUUUAAACUCAGUCCCUAAUCUUGGUGAAUUUUAUUCAUGUAGAAAUUAGCAUAUUAGCUCAAUAGCUUCCAGGCGGUGUGGUCAGUGGACUCAAUUUCAGUGUGGCAUUGUAGUACAACACUGGCUGCAUGAGAUACGCCUCUGAGAAUUACAUUUUAGCUCAGUCCCUAAUUUCUGUGAUUUUUUUUUGUAUAUGAGUAGAGGAAUGACUCAGUGGAAAGCCAUGUCUUCUCCAGUUUGGUAUCAUCACAGGAUAAAAUGUUUGAUUUUGAACAUGAUGUUGAUCCAGACAGUCAUGUUUUUAAUCACACAAAUGAAAUCUGUAAAUAUUAUACUGACAGUGAGUUUAAAGAUGAUCUUAUGAGCUGUAUUUUGAGCUAUAUUAUAUGAACAGAAGCAACGGGAGGGGAUGAAUUAAUGGAAUGCGUAACAGUGGAGAUUGAAAUGGAAAAAACAAGAAUGUGAUUGUGACAUGUGUGUAUAGAGCACCUGCAUCAAAUAUAGAGAUAUUUUAAGAUAAAACUGAAGAAAUCAGAGCUAGGUCAAAUGAAGAGAAAACUUAAAUUAUUAGUGGGGACCUCAACAUAGAUUUACUCAUUGCAAUUAACCAUAAGGCCACUUCAGACUUCAUGGAUGCAUUAUAUAGCAGAGGGCUUUAUCCAUCAAUCACUAAGCCGAGUAGGAUAACUGUGAACGGUACAACAUUAACUGACAACAUAUUUAUAUUAUUGAUAUAUGACUGUCAAUUGAAGAAAAAGGAGAUUAAGGAAGUCGGACACAAAUAUAUGAAUACAUGAACAGAUAAAGCAGUAAAUAGGUUUUGUGAUGAUCUCCUUGAAGAGCAGUGGGCAGGGUUUUUUGUAGGAGAUGUAGACACUGCAUACAAUGUAUUCCUGAGCACCUAUCUAUCACUUUAUGACAAACACUGUCCAGUAAGACAGUAUAUAAAAAAGUAUAAUAUCCACAAGCCAUGGAUCACAAAGGGUUUGCAAAAUGCAUAUGAAAAGAAAAAUAAGCUUUGUAGAGACUUUAUCAAAUUGAGAACAAAAAAAGGUUUAUAAGAACAAAUAAUUUAAAGCUUUAUAAGAACAAACUGACAAGUAUACUAAGACAAGCUUCGAAAGACUACUUUGAUAAAGUGUCACAAGAAAAUCAGCACAACAUCAAAAGAACUUGGGAAAUUCUACAUAAGGCAAAGGAAUUAAACAUGACCCUAUGAACAACCCCUGUUAUUUCAUUCAAUCAAUCAAUCAAUCAAUCAAACUUUAUUUAUAAAGCGCUUUUCCUACAUUAAUGUGGCUCAAAGUGCUUUACAAGUUAAAAACAAAAACAAAAAACUAUCCCAGAUGCCCCCUUACCCCCCACCCCCACCUACAGACCUAAACACACACACACAAACACACGCGCGCACAAACGCACGCACCUGCCCAUACACACAUAAAGACAAUGGACAUGAGGCUGAGUGCAGAUGAACCAGUUGAGAAGGCGCCAUCAGAGGAGCCGUCAGCACCAGGAGCAGAGAUCUGCCUGCAGCCACAGGACACCGACAGAGGGCCAGUGGAGGGAUGUGGACGACACCAACCUCCAUCAGGAACCCCUUGGCCGGCCCCUGCAACCACAAGCAAUCACCACUCCUGGUGCUGAGGGCUCCCUCAGAGGAAACACAGGGGGUCCUUAAAAUGAUAAAAGGAUAAAAACAAGUAAAGACUAAAAUAUGAAUAAAACACAGACCUAAAAUUAACCUAGGCUAACUAGAAUAAAUGAAGAUAAGCAUAGCUAAAAAGGUGGGUCUUGAACCUGCUCUUAGAAAUGUGAAUGUUUUCUGCGGCCCUGAGGUCCUCUGGCAGGCUGUUCCAUAGACGAGGGCCAUAAUAUUGAGAAGAGGCCUCGCCAUGAGUAUGUGUCCUGACUUUUGGAAUGACUAGGAGCCUGUUGCCAGAGGAGCGCAGGAUCCAUGAAGGUUCAUAAGGUAAAAGCAGUUCUGAAAGAUUAGAAGGCCCAAGACCAUCAAGACAUUUAAAAACAAGUAAAAGAACCUUAAAAUCAAUCCUAAAACACACAGGGAGCCAAUGCAGUGAUUCUAAAACCAGUGUAAUGUAGGCCCGCCUCCUGGUCUUAGUCAGGACACGUGCUGCUGAAUUUUGUAAUAAUUGUAGACCUGAAAUAUUCUUUUUGGGAAGACCAGAAAGCAGGGCAUUACAGUAGUCUAUACGACUGGUGAUAAAAGCAUGCAUUAGCGUCUCCGUGUUGGCCCGAGAGAGAAUGGGGCAGACUCUGGCGAUGUUCUUUAGGUGAUAAAAAACUAUUUUUGUUAUGUUUUUGAUGUGUGGACUAAAAGUCAGCUCAGGGUCAAAAAUGACGCCCAGGUUUCUCACUUGUGGUGAUGGAUUAAAAGACAGUGCUUGUAGUUUGGGUAAAAGUUUCUCUCUCUGGGCCUCAGGACCGAUGACUAAAACCCCAGUUUUGUCCUGGUUAAGCUGGAGAAAGUUCUCUGCCAUCCAGGAUUUGAUAUCUAAAAUGCGGUUAAAAUGAGCAUCCAUUGGCCUGGUGUCAUCAGGAGAUACAGAGAUGUAGAGCUGCGUAUCAUCAGCAUAGCUGUGGAAGUUGAUUCCAUGUCUCCUGAUGACACCGCCAAGAGGGAGCAUGUACAGGUUAAAAAGCACAGGGCCUAAAAUCGAGCCCUGGGGUACACCACAUGUGAUUUUAUAGACUUUGGAGGAGCACGUGUCUACACUUACCAUGAAUGUCCUGUCUGUCAGGUAGGAGGUGGUCUACUGUAUCUAAGGCAGCACUAAGAUCCAGCAAAACCAACACUGUCACCUUUUGUGCAUCAUAAUUAAAUCUAAUAUCAUCUAAAAUCAGUACCAAGGCGGUCUCGGUGCUGUGGUUCACCCUAAAACCAGACUGACACUUUUCAAGAAUAUUAUGAUUAUCUAAAAAUUCUCUAAGUUGGAUAAAAGUAAGUUUUUCUAAAAUUUUGCGUAAAAAUGGUAAGUUAGACACUGGCCUGUAAUUGUUCAAAUCGUUAAAAUCCAAAUUGUUCUUCUUCAGCAGGUGCCUCACCACUGCUGCUUUAAAGGCAGCGGGAAAUGCCCCUGUCUGAAGAGAGCAAUUCAUCAUAUUUAAAAGCUUGUUUCUAAAAGAAUCAUAAGAUAACUUAAGAAUGAGGUGGGGACAGGGUCUAAAAGACAUGUGGUGGGUCCUCACUGAGGAGAAAACCUUAUCCAGCAUCUCAGCAUUAACCAGAACAAAACUGUCCAGUGUUUCCUCAGGUAAAGACAAACACUCAGAUGCGUUAAAAGGAGUAGUUUGACAUGAUAAAAUGUUGCAUCUGAUUGUGUCUAUCUUCCCCAUGAAGUGGUCUGCAAAUUCCCCACAGAGGGCGUCAGUGGGAUUAAAAUGACGUUUAGUAAAACCAGGGUUUAGAAUGCUAUCAAUUGUUAAAAAGAGAACUUUGGGGUUAUUUUUGUGGUUUGUGAUUAUUUUCGAGAAGUAAUUGUUUCUUGCAGUUCUUAUGGCAUUGUUGUAGAUUCUUUGUUGAUUAUUGAAUAAUUGAUGAUUUGUUGUUUUGUUUUUUUCUCCAUCUGCGCUCUGCCACCCUGCACUGCCUUUUCAACUUUUUUAAGCUGCUCAUUUCUCCAUGGAGGUACGGAUUUGGGUUGGAUAUUUUUUGUUUGCAGUGCAGCAACCAGUUCAAGGGAUGUCUGUAGCCUUCUGUUAAAAUUGUCUACAAUAAAAUCACAGGGGGAAGGUAAAACAAUUGGAGGACUUUUAUCUAAAACAUCAAUAAAAUUUGCAGCCACUUCAGGGGUCAGAUGGCGCUUCCUCACAGUUCUCACAGAGGUCUCCCGCUGGAUAAAACUGGUGACGUUAAAAAAUAUACAGUAGUGGUCAGAGACAGCCAAGUCUACAACAGAGGACACACUGGUGGACAGGCCGUAGGUGAUGACCAAUUCCAGCGUGUGUCCUCUAUUGUGAGUUGGCUGUGUGACAUGUUGAAUAAAAUCCAUAUAGUUCAGAACAUUUAAAAACUCUGGAAAUCGGAUCAGAGGAGUUAUCUAUGUGUAAGUUAAAAUCAGUUAAAACAAUCAUGCUGUAGGAAUUGUGUAAAAUUGAUAAAAGUUCAGCAAAUUCCCAGAUAAAAGCAGUGCAUUUCUUGGGGGGUCUGUAUACUGUGACACACAGGAUAGAAGGACUGCUAAAAACAAUUGCACUGUACUCAAAAGUGGUAUGUUUAUCAAAUAAAACAGGUUUGGUGGCCAGGGUGUUUGAUGUUAAAGCUGCUGUGCCACCUCCUCUUCUACCACACCUAACAGAAAAUGCAAAGUUAAAAUUAGGUGGGGAGGCCUCAGUGAGAACAACUGGUGCAUCGGCACCCAGCCAUGUUUCCGUUAAAAACAGUCCAGUUUGUGAUCUAAAAUCAGGUCAUUGACAAUAAAAGACUUGUUCAGCAGAGAGCAGACGUUUAAAAGGGCCAUUUUGAUGGUAAGUGGCGGCUGGUUAACAAGGUGUUGUGGUGAGUGGGCUUUUAGAAGGGAUCUGAGAUUAUUGUAGUUAGUGGUAGGAUUAUGAGUAAUUUUCUGCAUACGCCGCUCUCUGCUGAUGACGGUCGGAAUGUGAAAUGUUGGACAUGACUUUGCUGGGGCCAGUGAGGAGUGAGUGAACACAGAGGUACCCUUUCAAGAGUCAUGCUUGUGUGGACAGAGUGUGGUAGAAUAUGUUUGAUGUUAGCAUCCGUGAACCUAAAUUGUUUGGGUGCAACCCAUCUCUUCUAAAGAAAGCAGAGCGUAGCCAGAAUAAGUCAAAGUUAGGAAUAAAUAUAAAAUUUAGCACUCUGCACUGAGUUUGCAGCCAGUCAUGCAGGCUCAGGAGACUACUAAAAGCACCCCACUCCCCAACCCAGCGUAGGAAUUAGGCCAGAAAUGAAUACAAUUCUUCCACUGGCCUGCAGCAGUUCAAAGAGCUCAGUAAAAUCCCUUUUUGUGACUUCGGAUUGUUGCUGGCCUGUGUCAUUUGUGCCAACAUGAACAACCACCUUCUUCACAGAUGGGUGGUCUGCAAGCAAGCCAGGGAUGACCCGGACUUUGUCUAAAACUUUAGCUCCCGGAAAAGAGAAAGUUACAGCCAUCUUUGAAGAUAUAUUCCUCAUAAUAGAAUCUCGGGUUACUAUUGUGGACGGAGGCGGUGUCAUGGAGGGCUCCUUAUUGGGCGCCAACGGUGGAUGUGCCGCUGCAGCCGGCGAGGGCUGCAGUGGGGGUCCCCCGGCGGACUCUAUGGGCUCUAUUUUCGUGUACGCCGGUGAGGCGGCGGAGGGUGGCGGACCCCGCACAGUUGUAUUUUCGUCUGGCGGUGCCUCACCGGCAGGUUUCCACAACGUCAGGCACAUUUCAGUGCAAUAAAUAUUCAUCAACAACUAAUAAUCUGACUCAGCACAUACAUUUAGAUCUAUAUAGAUAUAUUCUGAUCUAUAUCUGAUCUGAUGAGCGCGUUUGGCACACGUUUGGACACACAACCUGACUGAAUCAACACAGCUGAAACCGCAUUAAAUUAAAUUAAAUAUCUAGUAAAUAGACACACAUAAUGAAGUUAACAAGAUAUGUAAUUCGUCUCCCUCCCUUUCUUUCUUCCUCUUCCUCUUAUUCCUCGAGCAGCGCGACCUGUACAUGCCUCCGUGUCCUCUCCCGUCCUGCUGCAGCUGCUGCUGCGGUGGCUGAACAGAUGAUUUGUUUCAGUGAUCAGAUGAGUUAUUUUCUUUAAGCCUACAUACGAAUAUUAUAAAAUAAUACCAAAUUGUGCUUGGGAACGCCUUGUUGGCGCGGCGGAUGUGACUUACGCCGCGCCUGCGGCACGUCACCGGCGAGGCACGAAAAUAGAGCCCUUCAAGUGUUUCCCCAGCCUUGACAGGGGAAACAGGUCCGGCAGAGCCUCUUCUGGACACUGCCUCCCUCAACAGCCAGCGUCGAGAGGAUGAUGAGGAUGUUGGGACCUGAUUUCCCGGUUGUUCUCCCAGUGGAGGAAAAUCCUGCAUGUCCAAGAUCUCGAACCUGUUGGCCAAUGGGACAUCCUGUGAUGAUGGAGAACGAAGAAGAGACGGGCGCGCUGUCCAGCGCCUGUCCCUCCCUGCAGCCUUCCAGGGCUCCGGUUGAAGUGGAGUGGAGUUCAGAAGUUGACAGCUGGCCGCGUCUCCGGGGAGAGGUGGAAGCUCGAUGAACCGGGUGAGGCCUUGGGUUUGGGUGAGGAAAAACACUGCGGAUAGAAAGGUGAGAGUGAAGUAUUACAAUCUGAUUUUUGCUUUUUUUUGUUUGUUUUUUUUUCUUUUCUUUUUGGUACAAUAAUUAGAAUUUUAGCUCAAUAGCUUCUAGGGGGUGAGGUCAAUUGACUCAAAUACAGUGUGGGACCCAAGUACACCAUUGGCCACAUGAGAAACACCUCUUGGUUUCGCAUUUAAACUCAGUCCCGUAUUUUGGUGAAUUUUUUCACAUUAAAAAAUAGCAUUUAAGCUCAAUAGCCUUCAGGCGGUGUGGUCAAUGGACUCAAUUUCAGUGUGGGAUCCAAGUACAAAACUAGCUGAAUGAGAUAUGCCUCUUGGAAUUACACUAAAAUUUGGUCCCUAAAUUUGCUGAUUUUUUUCACAUCAUGAUAAGCAUUUAGCUCAAUAGCUUCUAGGGGGUGUCGUCAAUGUACUCGAUAUCAGUGUGGGAUCCAAGUACAAAACUGGCUGCAUAAGAUAUGCCUUUUGGAAUUACACUAAAAUUUAGUCCCUAAUUUCUGUGAUCUUUUUUAAAAAUUAUAAUUAGCAUUUUAGCUCAAUAGCUUCCAGGGGGUGUGGUCUAUGGACUCAAAAUCAGUGUUGGAUCGUAGCAUUCCACUGGUUGCAUGAAAUACACCCCUUUUGCACUGCACUUUACAUGUUUUCUUUUCACAUAGAAAUAAGCAUUUUAGCUCAAUAGCUUCCAGGGGGUGUGGUCUAUGGACUCAAAAUCAGUGUGGGAUGAUAGCAUUCCACUGUUUGCAUGAAAUACACCCCUUCUGCAUUGCACUUUACAUGUUUUCUUUUCACAUAGAAAUAAGUGUUUUAGCUCAAUAGCUUCCAGGGGGUGUGCUCCAUGGAAACCAAAAUCAUGUGGGAUCAAAGCAUUGCAUACUGAAUAUGUCUUUAAUCAUGUGAUGUGGCUAUUGAGUAAAAUCCUGUUUCAGAAUACAACGUCUGUGCUUAAAAAAUCUCCCACUUUUAUAAUGCAAACAGUAAGUUGAUACACGCGUAGUUGGCUUCUGCUUAAUUAUUAGCGCAUUUACUGUAAAGUCUGCAGUACAGGUGCCCUUGAAAUGUUUUAGAGCAGCUGGCUCGGAGACACGCUGCAAGGAGUUUCACUGGCCAGAGCGAAUGUCUGUCAAAUAUCAAACGACAAACGAACUUCCCCACAGCAAUUUAAAUGCGUAGUCUUCAAACGACAUCAAUACAUUUUUAAAUCACUGUUGCAAAUGUCAAAUGAAUCACAUUGAAGAGAAAAACAUGUAUGUGAAAAGCUUAUUAGAAAUUUUAUUGAAAUAUAGGCUGGUUAUGGUCCACUUUGUUUCAUUUAUCUUUGCUGGAUAAUUAAGCAUUUCCACUUAUUGUUAUUCUCCCAUUUCUUUAUUAUUGUUAUUAUUAUUAUUAUUAUUAUUAUUAUUAUUAUUAUUAUUAUGUACCUUUUUUGGCCCCUUUCAACUCCAUCCCACUUUGUGCUAUUUUAACCAUUCAAGCUUUAUACUAAUGCACUCCUUCAGGACAUUAUUGCUAUUACUUUUCACCUUUCGACCAUUUAUACUUUUUGCAAUAUUUCACUUUUUCUGCAAAAUUUGUACCAUUAGAAAUGAAUGGAGAAAUCUCUCCAUUCCGCUUACAGCCAUAACACCUUCUCACCCUUAUAACUUCUGCGUACUUUCACCUAUAGACCUUAUUUUUGCUUUAAAAUGUCAAGCAACUUGUCUGCUAAAUUUUGGCCAAGAAACCCUGACAAUCACUACAGUGAAGCCAUUUUUUAAACUCGCUGUUGUGGCCACAUUUUUUAGCCUGUGGACAUAAAAAUACACCAUUGUGCUCAUGAGAGUGUCAGGACUCCUAAGAUCAUCUUAUUUUUGGGAUAUGACUUACGGAAAUUGCACUAGGGGGAAAAGUUCAGACGGUUUCUCACUGCUUUCACGAUAUCAGCACUUCUCAUGGGCUGUGUGCUUUGAUCACACGCACGGGCUUGGCCGCGCACGCGCACGCACUCUUUCCAUAUGUGUGCAUUACUGUCUUUCUGUCAGUAGAAAAUAUUCCCACAAUAUUUACUUUGUUGUUACAGUUCUUGUCUUUAACUCUUUUAACAUACUAACUACUUCUUAUUCUUCUACUUCUGCUUUUCUUUACUUUCUACAUUUCUACAAUUACUUUAACUUCAGCUGUUUCAUACUUUCUGCAUUCGUAUGUAGGGCAGUAACUGAAGCACGGCAAUAGAUGGUGCUGUUCUGCAUUCUCAAGUUACUAUGGUUGGAUGCUGCAGACUGCAGAAAUCUGUUUUACUAUUUGUACAUUUAAUGGGAACAUUGUUACACAUUAUUUUAAGGCAUUUAUUUUUCAAAUUCAAUUAUUCUUAUCAUCAGUUCUGUUUAUUCACAUAAGUCAUAUACAUUUUUCACUUAGGCUAUUAGACAAUUUGUACAUUAAUCCAACUAAUUUACCUUCAGCUAUACUACAAUUCUUCCAUUCAUACAAUUUCUUCCUCUUCUACUCCACCUUUUUAACAAUUUUUCCAUUCAUAACUUCCUCCAUUUUUUAUUGGCAGUUUAGCAUUGCUUUUUGGCAUUCAGCACUCAGCAUUUCCACGCAUUUUCUGCAAGGAAAUGCAAUUUUUCUAGUUUUCCACAGCACUUCAUGUUGUGUUGCUGCGUGCAUGUUAGAGUAUGAUAGAGGUAGGAACAGAGGGAGGGGUGAGGAGGCUGGAAAAACAUGGAAAUUUAAAUUAAAGAGGACAUGAAACACACCACAUUGGCAUCCUCAUGUGGUAAAAAAAUCAAUUAGGAGAGAGUCUGAAAUAUUUUUUUGUGUAAAAAAUCAGCUGUUUAAUAGAAAAAUCGCUUUCAAGAGUGUAUUUACGACAUGCGCUCAGCGCCAUCUUGAGUUUACGACAGUUGUGAUGUCACGGGUUGUGCAGGAACAGAGCAGUGAAAUAGUAAUUAGUGUACGUGACUCAAUUGGUCAGCGGUAAGCUGUCACAUCCGAGCAGAGACAUAAUUUAUCAAACCUUCAGGAAAUAUUUCUUACCUUCACUCUGGAGUCUAAACCAGUUAGCAUUAUUAGUCUUCCAGCUCCAGCAGUUUAAUAAUCCACAGAUAUUAUUCACAUCCCGUUUCUCGCGGUCAGUGCGUUUCAUCCAUUUGUAUUGUGUGAAAAAAAGUUUUGGCUCGCUUUAGCUUCAGGUGUCCUGAUAGAGACCGACAGCAGGAGCAUCAGAAGAAUAAGAAUAAGAAUAACUUUAUUGAUCCCUGAAGGGAAAUUCAAUUGUCUGUUGUCUCACAUAUGUCUGUAAAAGUUAUCUAUUAUUUACAUAAGAGUUAUAAUGUCUAAUGGCUGUUGGUACAAAAGAUCUUCUGAAUCUCUCUGUCCUGCAGUGAAGAGAGAGGAGCCGUCCACCACCAUUGGCCCUUUUGUCCAUGAAGGUGUUGUGAAGUGGGGGAUCCAUGUUCUUUAGAAUAGUCUCCACCUUCCUCAGUGUAGAUCUCUCCAACACAUCCUCCACUGAGUCCAGCUUGAGUCCUACCACAGAGCCAGCCUUUUUUACCAGUUCGUUAAGACGUCUUGCAUCUUUGUGUUUGAUGCUUCCUCCCCAGCAGACUGCAGCGUAGAACAGAACACUUGCCACCACAGACUGAUAAAACAUCUGCAGCAUCUUACUACCGAUGUCUAUUGAUCGGAGUCUUCUCAGGCAAAAGAGGCGGCUCUGCCCCUUUCUGUAGAUAAGGUCUAUAUUCUUAGACCAAUCUAACUUAUUAUCCAGAUGUACACCUAGGUAUUUAUAUGAUGGCACCUUGGAGACUUAUCGAAGUGGUGCCAUCAUAUAAAUACCUAGGUGGACAUGGGUCCACUCCACAGGUGUUCACUGGCUGAAGAGGGGGUUUGGAUCUACAGAAGUCUAUGACCAUCUCCUUUGUCUUUGAAGUGUUGAGGAGGAGGCAGUUUUUGUGACUCCAGUCACUGAAGGCUCUAAUCAGAGCUCUGUAUUCAGCUUCUUGUCCAUGUCUGAACAUGCCACAAUAGCGGUGUCAUCUGAGUAUUUCUGGAUGUGGCAAGAUUCAGUGCUGUACUGACAGUACUGUACUGUACUGUACAGUACUGUGCUCACUGGACUUGUUCCCAAGUCCAGACCACGAGACGCGGUCCAUGUCCUGGUGUAAGAAGACCAGGAUGUCAGAUCUCCGUUAAACAGUGGAGACUCUGGUGAUGAAGUUCAUUAGAUAGAUAGAUAGAUAGAUGGAUGGAUGGAUGGAUGGAUGGAUGGAUGGAUGGAUGGAUGGAUAGAUAGAUAGAUAGAUAGAUAGAUAGAUAGAUAGAUAGAUAGAUAGAUUUUAUUGAUCCCAAACUGGGAAAUUCACGUUACAGCAGCAAAAACAUACAAAAUAAACUUAAAUAUAAGAAGAAGUAAGUACAAUACAGACUAAAAAUACUAAGUAUAUACAAUAAAUACGGACUAAAUAUACUAAACAACCUAAGAGAAAAAAGUGAGAUAUGAAGAACGUGGGCUAUUGAAAUGAGUAAUAAAUAUGAAAUGAGUAAUAAAUAUGGAAUGUGAAAUAUACAGAUGGGAUGAUAAAUAAACAGACAAAUUAAGGUGCUCUGUAAUGUGAUGUAGUAGGAGUUUUAAAAAUGUUCUAUACAGCAGACAGGUGUGAGUCCCUGUCUGACAGAUGUGAGUGAUUAAAUAGUGCAAUAGCUUGUGGCAUGAAAGAUUUCCUGUAUCUGUCCCUUCGACAGCGGAGCUGCAACAGUCUGUUGGAGAAGGAGCUCCACUGUCUGUCCAGAGUGAGGUUGAGAGGGUGGUCAGGGUUAUCCAUGAUGGAUAGUUUGUUCAGUGUCCUCCUCUCCACCACAGCCUCCACAGUGUCCUGUUUGCAGCCAAUCUCGGAGCCAGCCUUCCUGAUCAAUUUGUUGAGUCUGUUGGUGUCACUGCCUCCGAUGCUGCUCCCCCAACAAACCACGGCAAAGAAAAGUACGCUGGCCACCAUAGACUGGUGGAACAUCUCCAAAAUCUUGCUGCACAUAUUGAAGGAUCUCAGCUUCCUCAGGAAGUAGAGUCUGCUCAUCCCCUUCUUGUAGACAGCGUUGGUGUUGGAUUUCUAGUCCAGUCUGUAUUAUUAUUACACUUAAUACCGAUGUGUACAUCUGAUCGCUGUUGCUGCUGCAUGUGUGAGUAAGGACCCCUGCUCUAGUGCGUAUGCUAACUGGAGGAUCCUGACGCUUCAUAGCUGCUAGCCAGCGUUGACGAAUCACCGGCCGUUUCAGCGGCAAAUGAUGAAAAUGCAACCGUUUUUUAUUUCUUACGUUGUAAAAUUGGUUGGAGCAGCAUGGCGCAAAACAGAAUACCCCUCCUCUAGUGAGUUUACUUGUCUUUGGCUCUCGAUUCGCAAUUUCAGCCAUCCUAAUCUGCUCUCAUUCAAUCAAUCUUAAUUCAGUCAAUACAUGGGCUACACAACCCGUGAUGUCACGCGAAGUGGCACUGCUUUACGGUUCCCCACAGUGUCGCUAAAGUGGAACUUCUGUCACAGUUUUCAGGAAUUGUAUUACAUUUUGAGAGUAAUGAAUAUAGUGAUUUGUGAAGUCGAGAGGCAUUCUUAAAAAUAAUGAUAACUUGGGUCAGUGUUUCAUGUCCUCUUUAGUAGUGAAUACAGUGAGUUUAAUAAAAAACAGGUUUUAAUGAGUUCAAUAUGCCAGUCAUUAGAAUUUAGACUAUCAUUUGCUUGAAGUGUUAAAAUCUAAAAAUUUAAAUAGAUUUGAUGGGCUAAUAAAACAGAUACAUGAGAAGUUAUAACAAUAUUAUCAAUUAAUCUAAAAAUACAUUUUAUUUUAGUCACAGACAAGAACAUACCACAAAUUAGGUUACAUAACCAAAGUAUAUGCAAUUGAAAUUGUUCUGCUAAAAUCUAGCCUGCAAUUUAGCUGUUUUAUUCUCCUAUCAGGAGGAGAAACCAAGUUCCUCAAGUGCAUCAUCAUCAACAACAAGUUAGCCUAACAUAAAAGAUGUCCUGGUCAAGGAAGCAAAAUAUGAUCCUCAAUCAAGGGAGGCUAGGGCAAUCAAUCAAGCCUUGGCAUUUUUUUUUGCCAAGGACAUGAUGCCCGACCAAGUUGUUGAAAAGCCUGGAUUCAAGCUUUUGAUGAAGAUGACAGUCCCACGCUACAAAUUAACAACUCGGAAUUACUUUGCCGACACAAAGAUUCCUAAAUGUACAAUCAAGUGCAUGUAAAUGUGGAGAGGAAAGUAUCUGAGGGAUAGUGGUUUUCAGUGACCACAGACUUGUGGACAAGUGGCUGUGACAUUGGUUUAACCGUCCACUACAUCUGCCAUGAGUGGAAGCUGAUGUCUCACUGCUUGGAGACGUAGUUUUCCCCUGAAGACCACACACACAACCACAUAACAGAGAUGACAUGGAGUAUUCUCCAGGCUUGGGGAAUGCCACAAGAGAAGAUUUUCUGCUUCACAACAGAUAAUGCUUCGAACAUGCGGAAGACAUUUCAUUAGGGCAAACAUCCUUGGUUGUGGUUCGGCUGUGUAGGCCACAAUCUCAAUCUGGCCAUCUCCAAGGCGUUGAGGAUACUGAAGGUGCAGACAGCCAUCAGAGUAUGCAGGCAGCUGGUGGAAGCCUUUUCACAAAGCUAGGUGGGGCUCCACCUAUGAAAUGGUGAAAAGAUUCCUGUUGACAUUCUCCACUGUGAGUCGGCUCCUAUGGGGAGAGAAAAUGUUUACACUUGUACUGAAUGCCCUCUCAGAUGGUAUACUUGUGGCAGGGAUACAGUAGAAUUUCUUGACUGCAUUGGCAAGGACCAGAAGCUGCUGAUUGUUUGAUUUUCACCACUUCAGGGGAUCAGUAGCCUCAUCAAUAGAUGACAUGGACAUGUACAGGGUGAUUUCACUCCCCAGCUUCUGCUCUGGUGUCAAGGGUACCUUCUCACUGCUGUUGUCAUCCUGUCUUGCUCUUGUUGUUUUAAUGUACCUCAGGAUCCCAGCAAGUGUUUUCUUAUGACCCCCCCUCAUCAUUUGCCGAGCUUCGUGUUGCUGCUGCCUGUGGACAAGCUUCUCCUGAUGGUGCUGCUGUGGCAAACAAAAUAAGCAACAUUCAUAUAUACAGUAUGUUUACAUACAUAGAAGUCAUAUAGAAUGCUUCAGAAAAAUAAAAAUAAAUAGCAAAGAUACAAGGCGGUACAUACAAGGUACUGUAGGACGUAGUGGAGGAUAGCUGUCUUGUGGUUCUAAAAGUGCAGCAGUUGGGGGUAGCAGCUUGAUGACCUCAUCAAUGCAGGCCUGCUUGGUGUCCUCAACAUUGGAAGAGAAGCUAUCUUUGAAUCUUGGAUCCAGGAAACAACACAUGUCCAUGAAUCUCUCUCUGUGUGCUCUGAAUACCGGCCCUCCAAAUCAUGUCUCAUUGCCUGCUCCAUUGUUGUGGUAUCAGCUGAAUCAUCUUCACUUUGGAGAAGGAUCACGUUGGUGAUAUGCUCCAGGAUUGGUUUAACAGCUGACAUUGUAACUCUUUCUCUGUGGCAAGGGCAUCUGUGUAGUCAUUAAGGGGUGAAAGGAGUUCACUGAGAUUUUCCAAAGUGGUGAUGUGGUGGUCCUUAGACAUGAGAUACCAUGAUCCUCUUUCCUCAGGCGAAACAGCGCUGACACUGUGUCGCACAACAACCUCUUCUGAAAGGAAAUGUUAAAAAAUACUGUUUGGGUUAUGUUUAAAGUAUUUUCUUCAAAAGACUUGUUUAUGUUUGUUUGUUUUUUUUAAUCAGUGUUUAUACAGUUUAGUAGAAGGGUAUUAGAUUUCCGUUAUUACUAUUGUGUUGGGAUAUGUAGUGAUAAAUUGUGAUGCAAAUUGCAAUAUUGUAUUGUAUCAUAUCGUUCUAAAAAUUUCAUAUCCUGACAUCAAGUGCAACUCCUCCUAGGCCAACUUAAAGCUAACUACCUUGAUCAGGUCAAAGCUGAGUGGCCCUCAUUUACCAAUCUUGCGCAGAUCUGAGCGCAGAUCUGAGUGCAGGAUUCAUCGUAUGAUAGGACACACGUGAGAUUUAUAAAAGGGUUCAUAUCUGACCAAUCCCAGCGUACGUAUGAAUGGGUCUUAAUAAAUGUGGUGGCUGAAAUCUAUCGUCAUUAACAUGUUUACGCCCUUAAAUAUUCGUGGUUCAGAGGCCUCGCCCACUGAGGUCAAACAUGAAAGAGGAGAAAUAUUAGAAAGAUGCGAAACUUUUUCGAGCUGAAUGUGGAUAUCCUCAUAUCUGUGGUGGAAACUAACAAGGAUUUUCUCUUUGUAAGCAUCAAAACUGGUAUAAAAGCAGUCCAGAAAACUCCUGUUUGGAGCAGGAUUAUGGUGGCGCUGAACAGCGCUGCCACAGAAUAGUGAACAGUGGCUGAAGUUUGAAUAAAGCAUUAGUCAAUAAGUUGCUCAUGUUGAUAAAUUAAUAUCUCAUACAUGCCUCAUAUUUUUUUAUUGCCCUGACAUAGGGUACGUUGCUCCUAUUAUUAAAAGUAUGCAGCUUUAAUUUGUUGCGUCUUUGUAAUGUAGAGCAGACUGGAGAGUCUGACAGAGGCUGAACAAAAAUAAUUAUUAAUGUCAUCAAACGGUGUGUUGCUGCCCCUGAGGCACAUUUUUUUGGAUUUCUAUUGGAUUUUUAUCACUGAAUAAAUAGCAAGAGCACUUUCUAAACUUAUACUUUACAUGUCAGAAUCCAUCGAUAAGGUCCUGUCUCCUCUGUACAGCACCUUUGUGGAGUCUCUCCUUGUUAUUGCUCUCCGGGCAUCGGGUCCUCACAUUGCAUCGGCACAGCCAACGGCACUCCAUUCUCCAGUGCAACAUUGUGCAAAACUGUACCGGCUCAAAUAAUGUCCCACACCCUUUCUGCAGUGGACAACAACAUCCCCGCUGCUGGGCCAAGACAGAGACACCUGCCUUUUAGGAGUCAAACGCAGCGCUCCACAGUGGCGCGUGUGCGUAAUGUUGAAACGGCGCUCCAGCUCUGUGGCAGUGUUUCUGGGCAGAGUUAUCAAAUAGGCUUAUUCACUAAGGACAUAACAAACUUAUUUUAUUUUAUUUACAUCUUAAUCUUUAAUGAAAUCUGUCUGAUUGUGCUUAAUGACAGGUUUGAGGUAUGUAUAUCAAUUAUUUUGAGACAGACAUUUGCUGCACCACAGAUCCACACUGACUCAAACUUGCAUACACAACGUCAGACCUGUCGUGAGAUUUGAGAUUUGGUCGUAGCGUACGUUCACGUGCAGAUUGAUAAAUGCCGAUCCUCACGUCAAAAUUGUUGUAUGCAAGGUGUACACAAGUUUUCUGCCGUACGCAAGCUUGAUAAAUGAGGGCCAAUGUGUGUGGACACAAAUUCAUGAAGAUAAAUGAAAGAAAAUAGAGAGCCAUACUGGGGAGAAGGUUGGGGUCGGGUUGUUCCCAUGUUCUUUUUGUUUUGCUUUUUUUUUUUUUGUUUUGUUUUGUUUUGUUCGUUUGGUUAAUUCAGAUAUUGCUACAAUUAGAUAUAUUACAAGUGAAUAAACACUGUAUUUAUGUGCUCUUGAUAUAACUAUUUUCCUUUGUAUUUUAUUUAUUUAUUUCCAAAUCAUUACUUUGCAUGUGUACAAAUAUUGUAACUCUUACUACAAUUAUUGAUGAUCUUGUCAAUAGUACUGGUUUUCGUACAGCUGUAUUAUACUAGUACUACAUCUAUAUACAAUUAUCUGGUUGAUAUGUGGAUAUAUUGAAGUACACUUACUAAAUCUAUUUACGUCUAGAUUUAUCUGAUUGUUCAGAUAAUAUUAUUAUUAUUGUUGUAUAUUUUAUAUCUGUUUAAAACACAUCACAAAAUGUUUAUAUUGAGAAUUAAUUUGCUUGUAAAGUAAAUUUUGUUUCCCAAAUAAACAAAUCUUUAAAAAUAUAAAUUUCUCUCUUGUUUUUGACAACUUUGUUGUUUCAGUAAAGUGUCCUCUUUGUCUGUUUCUUUGGCACAUGUAUAGUUGAAUUUUAAUGAUUUCUUUUCUUUUUUUUUCUUCUUAAAUCAAAUGUGUGGGUGCGUGCCUGCGUGCCUGCGUGCGUGUCUCCAAUAGGCUGUGUAAGUCCACAUGGGGUCACUGCUCCAUAUACAACAGGAGACUACCAGCUGGUUUCUCGUACCGGAGACUUUACCUGCAGCUGGACGAGGGCAGCCUGACAUUUAAUGCCAACACACAGGAGGUAACACACACAAUGUGUUAUUGUGUGAAAUUGUCUGAAACAAUGAUGUCAGUUAACAGUCAUGUGUUUGAUGCCGCUGCUUUUAGUGUCUAGUGUUUCAAUGAAAAAGAAAAGUUUGUGUGUCUGGAUCAUAGACUGUAUAUAAGAUGGACGCCGUGGUUCCGCCUUCCGCCUGUAUACGGAUUUGAAGCCAAAAAGCUCUCGGUAAUUCCGGGUUCCUUGCAACCAGAGCUGCGCAGUAGCGUUGUACGCAGACGUUUUUGGCUGGACGGGAGACUCGGCGCGAUGACGUUCCGCUCAAAAAGUGCCCCCCCCCGGAUGUCCUUCCAGCCUUACAUCGGUAUCGCUAAUAGCUUCCCCGCUCGUCGCGACCAAGAAUAAGUAAGUUCCACUUCUCCUGAUAUAAUGUGAAAUUUGUGAGCGUACUAACUGUUAAGAACAUAAAAUACCAUCAUAACUAAUACGAAUAAAGAUAUCUAUUACUUGAUUGGAAGUAAGUCAUCUCUCUUUGUUGAAAGAAACGGUGUAAAUGUAAGCUAAAGUAGCAUUGCAAUUUAACACUAGCCUUGGUAAAUUAAACAGCAAAAUACGUGAUAUUUUUAGUUUAUCAGUUGUUAAGAUAUAUGCUAUUGUACUGUGAUUAAAAAUGAACAAAAUUCUGAAUGAACAGCAAAUAUUUAUGUUGUUCUCCUUUUUUUAGACAAAGAGAAAAGAAGCUUCAAAGAUGAGCACAACAUCAGCCACUGUGACCAGAAGUAAGGAUAAAAAUUCAUUGAGAUGGAUGCUGAUUUAGUUGGAUAUGAUUUUAGUCAGACUUUUAUUAGGUAAUGUUAUAAAUAUUUUUUUUGUGAUGUAACAAGAGCAAGCUCAAGUUUUCAAUUCCAAAUUAUAUCUACUGUAAAAAAUAUUAAACAGCUUGUGAUUCAGCAUGAUGUGGAAUCAUGCUGAAUCACAAGCCAUGCAAGGUUUUGUAGGAAAACGACUUUUUUUUUUCUUUUAUUGUUCAAUACAUUUACAGAAAUCAAACAGCAGGACCUCCAGGAUCUCCAUCGGCAGUUCCCCACCGUGAGGAUCAUCUUCUCUGCCAUCACUCAGAGGAGCCGAUGGAGAUACAGCCCCAAGAAAAUGGACAAAGCCAGGCGCUAUGUGAACAGUGUGAUGGCUACUUUUGUUUCAUCUGUUGGCGGAAGCAUUGUGCAUCAUCCUCAAAUAAAGCACAGAGAUCCUGGCCUUUUUUUAAACGAUGGAGUUCAUUUCACCACUUUGGGUAAUGACAUUUUUUUAAAUAAUAGUGCCUUGUGUUUGAAAGACCAAAUCUAGUAGGGUGGUGCUAGAUUUGGGAUUUCACCUACAAUAGGCAGCAAAAAAUGGUCAGGAUUUAUCUGCUUUAUUUGUGAUUGAUGUGCACAUUUUGUUUAAUUGUUUACUCGAGCACAAUUUUGUGAAGUUUGCUUUACAAAGGUAACCAUCACACUGUUCAAUUCUGUCACAGCUCUUCUUCCUCCUUCUCUCUCUCGCUCUGUCCUACAAACUUUCUGCCGUACCCCAGCCAUUCCACCCGAUGGUCUUCCUCAAGGCGUUUUCCCCACGACGAAUAUAGCUGGGGAUGUUUUUUAUUGUUAGAAAAAUUAAAUUAAUGUUGAAACUUCACAUGCUUUUCUGUGAUUUGUUGUACCAUGAUAAAGUUUUCUGAUUUACAGCACAGAUGAAAAAACACAGUAUAUGCUUUAUUAUUCCAGAGUAUUUGUCUCAAAAUUUUAUUUUUCAUGUAAAGCUAUCAAAAGAAAAAAACAUACCACAACAAAGUCAAUGCAUUUCUUAUGUACUCAUCAUCAAGUGAUUAACAAGAAAAGAGCCUAACAUCAGUCCUAGUAUUCUUGCUUCUGGUGUAAUGGUCAGAUAAGACAAUUCAAAAAGGCUGUAAAAGACUCACACACAGAAAGAUGGAAAAGACAAAUGUCAAAAAAAGUUGGAUCCAUUUUAUUCCUAGCAAUAAAAGGGAUCCAACUUUUCAAGACAUUUGUCUUUUCCAUCUUUCUGUGUGCGAGUCCUCACCAUGAAGUGGACAAAGUGUGGUAAAACUGAAAAAACAAACUGACAAUAUGUGUAGUGAACAGCAUGUAAUUAAUGUAAAUCAGAUAGCAUGACAUGGACACUUGUGAGAGGACACUAGCAUUUUAGUAUUUAUUUGUGAUUUAUAAAUACUUAACUCCUUUGCAGAAAACCUGUAUGUUUGUUAUUUUACCAGGAACUUAAAAAGAUAUAAUCUAGUACUUUGGGAGUUGCAUUGGGUGGAAAGGAAACAGGCUGCAGCAGAUGAAUCCACCAUAUCAUCAGUGGUUGGUGAUGAAGUCUGAAAAACACAAAGAAAUUCAUCAAUUAAAUUGUGAAUACCAGUACUUAAAUUCAUUAAGACACUUAUGUCUCAAACCAGGUGGUAGCUCAGCAUGAAAACUUUAGAGGUUUUGAUAUACUUGUCCAAUUAUUUAAAAGGUUUCAUUUAGUUAGCAUUCUUAGAGACUACUACUUGGCUAGUGCUGUUACCUUUAUCUAACAGGGCACAUUUGGUCUAAGCAUAAGAAGUUGUUCAUGUGGUAUCACUCAAAUUUUUUUUGCAACAUGAUUCCUGUUUUUUUUACUCCAGGCUGCGCCAACUUAAACUGAAAAUGACUGAUGACACUAACUAAUAAUGACCAGUAGAUGGUAGCAGACACUACAACUACAUGCAAAUACCUAAUUUUAGAAAACAUAAAAACAGCAGUAAUUUAAAAUGGAACCACAAUAGUUGUAGUGUUCAGCUGUUGGGAAUGUUUAAAUAACCGCCAUUUUAUGAUUCAAAGUGUUAGUCAAUUUAACAAUAAAUUGUUGCAAAUGUGAACUUCAUAAAAAUUGCUGUCCAUUAAAAAAGAAAUAAUUUAACCUUUGAGUCCACAGUAAAGGCAUGCUCUUCAAAAUGAGCACUGCAAAGACGUGAUGAUCCUGUUGGUUUCCAGUCCUGCCGUCUCGUGUUCACCAGCCACUGCUUCAGCCUCGCUUUGUCACCUAAAGGGAAACUUUACAAAAAUACAAUAACAUUGCUUACUGCCAUUUGUCAAGUUUGUAAACAACACAAAGUUAAUGUUUUGCGUUCAGUUUAAUUCUUGCUUUGUUGCAUAACAGGCUGAAGCCAAAACUCAAUUCAAAGACAAUCACAAAAAAUACCUCAAGUGAAUGAAUAUACAAACUGUAUAAAUAAUCUAAAUCAUUUCAUCUUGUGAGUGAUAUGUCUUAUGAACAUCCUAUCAAAAUUGAGGGAUUUCUUUGCAUGUAACAAAAAUUUUAAUGUCAUUGUGAUUGAUUAAGUAUAUCAUAUGCAGCUGUCUUUCCAUAACUAAUUACAUUACUCAUAGUUUUAUCUCAAUCUCAUAGGUAACAGGGCUAUCUAUCUAUCUAUCUAUCUAUCUAUCUAUCUUGAAAACUUAAGUAAGACAUGAUCUACCAUGCUGCUGUAAAUGAUAAUUGUCAUUCCACAGAAGUAUACUUAUGACUUAUGUAUGUUAUUUGAUAACAUAAAAUAAAUAACAGUUAUGCAACUUGUAUAAGUAAUCUUUUGAGCAUGUCCUUCUAUACACUUAUAGGGUCUCGUUUUCUCGACGUUUUGUCCCAUUAAAGACAGUUUCAGAGCUAUUUCUUAGACAAAUAUCGUUAUGUCAACAGAAGCUGUAAUACUACUGCCGCUGUACGGAGGAGACUGAACCGGCGGUCAAUCCUCUGCCAGAAAGCUAGGACGGUGCAUCCGAAAGAUGCAUUUUAAUUAAACCAUACCUGAUUUUAGCGCAGGCUGCUCUCGUUGUAACAUACCCGAGUAAAACUGGUUGAUCCAUUCCCAAAACUUCGACUCAUAACAUCAUGACUCUCAUUAUAUUCAUUUACAUGGCCUUGUUCUCAUAAAGUGAUGCAAUAUUAGGGGAAUGACUUAAAUGCGAAUUAAUUCCUUUAACAUUAUGACUUCAUGCCUCGAGUUUUCAUUUCAUGCCCUGAUACUCUGUGGUAGUAUUUGGUUGCUAGUAUGAAUCUGUGGGAUCGGUACGGUUUUUAAUUCAAAUUCAAAGUCACGUAGUAAAAUAUUGUUAUAAAAAGAAGGCGGAUUUUAAGGGGUUUCCUCAUUGUUUAACUUCUAAUAAGAACGCUUAUUAGCGGCACAGAACUUACCGCUUGAUAUCUGUAAGUAAACCCCAUUAGCUAAAUUAAACCAGACCGUUUAAUGUUAUGUAGCUAGCAAGCUGAUGACUUCAUAAAAAAAACAUAACUUACCGAAACAACUGCAAAGUUCCUGAUUUCACAUGUCGGUUAACACAGUUUACUGCAGAACAACUCAUUUUUCCAAUGCAAUAAAAGAGAAAAACGAUGGAAAAAUGUAAUCCUCUUCUCCGCUGGCAAACCCGAUCGGUCUUGACGAUGGACAAAAAAGAGCGACGCACAAGCAGCAAGUGCAAAGUGUAGAGAAUGACGCAAUUUCCUGUUUUUAUAACUCCUUAUAACUUUUUAAAAUGGAGCUGCAGAGAGAAAAAAAGACCUGAACACAAACCAGUCUAAUAAUAACUACAUGUCAACAUCGCAGUCGGGGGUGAGAAAAGUGUAUUUUCUGUGAAAUUAAUUUCUAAAGGCCGUCCGCCGCUCCAUUCACUUUGCUGGCAGAAGUGGGGUUUAUGACUUGUACUGCAGCCACGCUCUAGGGGGUGCUGUUCUCGGAGUGGCUUCACCCGGCGAGGAGACAGACGGCGUCCAUCUUAUAUACAGUCUAUGGUCUGGAUCAUUAGAGGGAUUAAGAUGGAUUUAUUUUGUGGAUUUAUGAUGCUCUCUUUGUGUGUGUUUGUAGGGUAUCAGUUACUUCAUGUCUAAAGGUAUCCUGGUCAAUCAUCCCACCGAGCUGGCCAAGUUUAUCUUCUACACCAGGCGGCUCAACUGGAAGAUGCUGAGGAUUUAUCUGGACGAGAGGUGAGAAAACACAAAAAAAUGACCACUUCACUUCUGCAGCUGCUUAAAAUAAAGGAAAUUCUGGAAAGUCUGUGGCUAAUAUCAUUCUAACUAGCAGGAAACAACAAGUUCAUUUCUGUCCUUGUACACCUAAGACCAGUCUCAUGCAGCCGUGUUUGUAGAUCAAACUGAAUGGAGGGACAGAAAGCAGCCUCUGUGUUCUGUGAAGUAAAGCUGAAAGUUUUGUGGAUAAAUUCUUCUGGGUCUGUGAAAGAAUCUGCUGGAGGAAUUAAAAUUCCCCAUCUAGACCUAAAAGGUCAGCAAAUAGGACCAAGGUUCAGAGAUAUUAGAGAUUGAGUUUUUUUUUAAGCCCACAGUUUUAUUUGUAUUUUUCCAUGUCCCUUUGCAGGAGGGAUGUCCUGGAUGAGCUGGUUACCCUCCAUAACUUCAGUAACCAGUUCCUUCCCAAUGCUCUGCGGGAUUUCUUCAGACACAUCCAUGCCCCUGAGGAGAGAGGAGAGUACCUGGAGACGCUCAUCACCAAAUUCAGCCACAGAUUCUGCACCUGCAACCCUGGACUGGUCCAAGAGCUGGGCCUCAGUCCUGGUCAGUGCCUACACAAUCACACACAAAACAGAUGUUAUUCAGAAACAGUGUUUGCUGACUGGUUUUGUGUAGUCAGAUCAUGACUUUCCUUUUUUAUCUUAAAAUUUAAAACAUUUAAACUGUUUGUCACUUUUUUCAGAUGUACUUUUUAUCUCUUAAAACUAUCAUUUUUUGUCUGUAGUCUCUCUUUUUUUUAUUGUUUAUUUCUCUGUGGAUUCCUCUGAGCUGCACAUUUUUGUGAAAAGGCUCAAUCAGACAGGUAAAAAGUUGAAAGAAGAACAACCAAAUAGGUAAAAAGUUGUCAUGGGAACAACCGAACAGGUAAAAUUUUCUAAAAGGAACAACCAAACAGAUAAAAAAUAAGUAGAGGUACAACCAAACAGAAAAAGGUUCCUACAGAGGAAUAACCUAACGGGUAACAAGUUGUUAGAGGAACAACAGAGCAGGUAAAAAGUUCUGAGAGGAACAACCAAACAGGUAAUAAGUUUUAAGAGGAACAACCAUAAAGGUAAAAAAUUAAACUAGAGGAAUUAACAAACAGGUAAAAAUUCAAUAUGGAGGAUCAACCAAAAAGGUAAAGGGUUCAUAAAGGGGAACAACCAAACAGGUCCCACUGAGCGUCCAUUGACAUCCAAAAGAAGUAGAUAUCACGUUGGUCUGUUCAGAAUGUAUGCCAUAUAACGUCCAUAUAUACUGUAGUUGAAACAUGACAUGAAGUGAUGUUGUUCAGCUUUGUCCAAUUCUGGCUUCUACAGACAGCCAGAACUAGUCAAGAAUAGAUGUUGAGAUGGACCAUAAUUUGGACGCUUAUAUCACAUUCAUAUUAAGUUGAAACAUGACAUUGAGUGAUGUUGUUCAGCCUGGCCCAAUUCUGGAUAUCUACAGACAACCAGAACUAGUCAAGGAUAGACGUCGAGACAGGCCACAAUCUGAACGUCUAUGUAACUCCAGCGUUACACGAUUAAUGACAUUGAGACAAGAGGUUAGAGCCAAAUCUAGACGUCGGCGCAAUGUGCAAAAUGGAUCCAAGAUUUAGACAUUGUUAUUGUACCCUUUCUAGACGUUAAACUGACGUUCACAUUUUUGGAUGUCUGUCAAGGACCAAAUCUAGAUGUUAAAGCAACAUGCAAGAUAGAUCAAAGAUUAGACGUCAUUAUUGGACCUCUUUUAGAUGUUAAACUGAUGUUCACAGUAUCACAAAAACUGGACCUAAUGUCCUCCACUGAAUCUAGACAUUGAAGCAACGUGCAAAAUAGGUCCAAGAUUUAAAUAGACAUGUUUCAGAUGUCAAAAUCAUAUUUGGAUGAGUGUGGUUAAUGGAGUUGACAACAAAUAAAAUGUUUAAUGACUAUCAUAUUGGUUUUGUUAUACUUCUAAAAAAAUGAAAUUAAGACAUAUUUAGAUUUUGAUUUAUUGGUCCCCUUAGGGGAUAUUCGUCUUCACUGACUGCAUACACAAAGGACAGACAUUUCACAUCACAGGACAGACAACAUUUACUACAUAUGAAGAGGACACAACGGUAGUAUACUCCGAUCGGCGGGGCCUGCUGUUCAGGGCGGCUAUUGCUAAGAGGAUCAGGCUUUUCCCCAGUCGAGCCCUUUUAAACUUCAUACUUCUGUAUCUGCACCAUGAGGGAAGUGGGACAAGAUAUUGAUGCAGUGGGUGAGUGAAGUCUUAAUCACCCGACUGGCACACAAGAUAGAACGACUUAGGGGAGACCAAUGAUUUCAACAGCUGGGUUUGUGAUACUUGCGAGUUUGGCCCGGUUGGAGACAGAAAUCAUGGUGAAGACAUGUGGAGCACUACAGGAGGAUUGGCUGGAUGAUACAUUGAUAAAGUAGUAGCAGGAGGUGGGGUGCAACGUAACGUCCUUUAAGUUUGCAGAGGGCUGACAGUUUUGAAUGUUCGAGGUAUGCACCUCGGUGAGAUUAUUGUCCAGAAUUAUUACCAAGUAUUUGAAUGAGGUGGUUGUAGUUGUUGUACAGUUUCAAAGUUAUAAUUGCAGAAGUGAUUCAAUAUUGGACUUGGCCAUUUUUUAUUCCACUUUUUUCCAGUUUAUUUUUUAAGUUAAUUAAAGAGAUAGAAAAAUGAAAGAAGGCUUAAGUUGUGAUUGUAUGCAUAACUAUAUCUUUUCAGGUUGGAACCCACCUUGAUGAAAGGUAAAAGGUAAAGGUUAUUGAAACACAACAAAAAGCUAAACAUCUACAUGGCCAGGGUGCACAGUGGCGCAGCAGGUCGUGCAUGUGCCUCACAGCAAGAAGGUCACCAGUUCGAACCCCUGGUUGGGCAGGGCCUUUAUGUGUGGAGUGUGCAUGUUCUUUCUGUGCAUGCGAAAGUUCUCUCCGGGCACUCUGGCUUCCUCCCACAGAUCCAAAACAUGCUCAUUAGGUUAAUUGGCGAUUCUAAAUUGUCCUUAGGUAUGAGUGUGGGUGUGAAUGAUUGUCUGUCUCUUUAUGUGGCCCUGCAAUAGACUGGCAACCGAUUCAGGGUGUACCCAUACCUCUCGCCCAAUGACAGCUGGGACGGACUCCAGCCCAACCACAACCUCGAAAGGGAUAAGUGAUAUAGAAGAUGAAUGGACGUGGAUGGCGUAAAAUGAACUUUCAUUCUGCACCUCCAGAGGACCUGAUUUGACGGCCAAUUUUGAACAAAAUUGCACGUCAUGUCAACGUCCGAUUUGGAGGUCUGCAAGAUGUCAGAAUUGGACGUCAAUAUGAUGUCUAAAAAGACGUAAAAAAAACUUUUAUCCUGCACCUUCAGGAGACCUGAUCUAGACGUCGAAAAAUUACGUAAAAUACGCGUCAUUUCGACUUCACAUUGCGCAGUAGGUUAAGACGUCUCCUGGAGGUUCGGAUGAUAUCAUGACAACGUACAGAAAAGACGUAUUAAAAACUUUCAUUCUGGCCCCUCUGAAGAUGUCUCCUGGAGGUUCCGAGAUGACAUCAUAACAUGUUCGGAAAAGACAUUUCAGUCAUUAUCACUUUGUCAAAAUUCAGCUUUAUUGUGUGAAGUUAAAUUUGGCGGCAUGGUUCUGUUCUGGGUCCUUGCCCUCCAUGGGCUUGCGUGAAAGCAGAGGAAGAGCCCCUUCCUGCCCUUCAUGAGCCAUCAUGAAAAGGCGAUAGCAGGGAGCGCAGGCCCCCCGUUCUCCAUGCAAGCAUGCGUGAAAGGCCAGCGGCAGGAGGAGCACCUUCCCGCCCUUCAUGAGGGUUCAUGAAGGCAGAAACAACGCGGGGAAAAGCAGCGAUGAAAAGAACCCCCCCAAAACAACCAUGCCAGGCAGAGCAUGCAGGAGAAGCAGUUUAAUUAGGGCGCCAUUUUGACAUUUGCCAGUAGGAUGUGUGGAGGGCAAUCAGCUGAGCUGUAGCUGACUGAGGGCUGGCUUAACAUCAGCUGACUGUAACCUUUAGCUUGACUGUAACCUUUGUGUCCUGCCUGAACUAUGUCUAUGCUUCUUUUCAAUCGGGACUACUUUAGUCAAAAUUAAUUAUUUAUUACAAGCAAACAUUUUUACAUUUGCGGUAUUGCUCUGCUCUGAGAGUUCCCUGCUCUUUAAUGCGCUUGCAUGGAAUGCCACGGCUAUAAGAGGGAAUGCCCUCCCCUCCCUUUCAUGUGCAUAUAUGAAAGGCCAAGGCAGAAAAAGCAGCAGUGAAUAAAUAAAAUUAAGAUAAAUUAAAAUCCCCCAAAACAACCAUACCAGACGACCCUUGCGGUUUUCAUGUAGCACAUGAAAGCCGAGGCAGGGAAAGCAGCAGCAAAUAAAUCAAAAGUCCCCCAGAACAACCAUAUCAAGAACCCCUCCUCCAGCUUUCAUGAGCCACAUGAAAGCACCUAGAAGAGAGGGAGAGCAGCUGCCAGCAGCAAGAAACUAUGAAGUAACCUACCCACCUCCAAAGCUUGCAUAGUAAAGGUUACUCUCAAAACAUGAUCAGGGAUCAGGAUUUAAUCCAUACACAUAUUUAUAAUAGGGAAUAUGCUUAAGAAUACAAUAGAUAUGGGACAGAGUUAUGGAGCAGCAGCAUUUUUUAAGCACUCGUAGCUAAUUGGGCAUAGGAAUCUUCUUUAGCCUCGGGCCCGAGGUAUCAUUCAAAGGCUGAUGAGGAUUAUCGACCCAUAGCCUUGAGCAUCAAGACGGGGACAAUGGAAGAUGCAGUUGUAGCUACACCUAUGUGUAGUGAAUGCGUAGAGUUGCACUUGGGUGGGAGCCAGCAGAAUUGGCAUAGCCAAAGAUGAUCUGAAUAUAGGUUUCCCUUCUUCGGUGGCAAAGAAAGGCUCUUGCUGGCUAGCCAGUGGCCGGCCUCUCAGGCAGCAGGACAUGGACGAUAAAAAACAAAGACAGGGUUAGUUCGAGAAAUAAAAAGGUGCAAGAUUCAUCCAGUAGACCAGGGGUUCCCAAUUUGAAAUGUAAAAGGUCCAGAAAAACAAAUUUUGAGGAAGUCAUUGGUCCACAGCGCGUGCGUGGCGGCAAAUUUUUUUAUUUAUUUUUUUUAACCUUUUUUAUGUUUUUAUGUAGUUUUAGGCUGGGUGUACUGUACUGUAAUAAUCAGGAGUUAUUGGAAGGCACAAAAACGUUCAUUUUCAGCAUCACACUGAUAUUCUUUCUUACUUAGUAUUACUCAAUAAAAUAAAAUAAGCUUUUUAUUUUAUCUGUUUGUAGCUCAGAUUUUUGGGGGCAAUCUCUAUCAAAAUCGCUUCUCAUGGCGUUUUAUGUUUUCACUUUUUAUCAGAGCAACAGUGCUUUGCACAAAAGACCCAUUGGCUUUGUGCUUGUAGGAGAUAUAAUCAUAUAUUUGUCAGUCCAUUCGUCAGUGAAUCAGCGAUUUUCAGUGUCCACCUCUCUCUGAUUUGCCGUUUUGAUGUCGGGUGCUUGGAGUGAGCAACGGUCCUGCUGCAAAGAUGUUACCGCUGCCUGCGCCGUGCAAAGAAGACGGACUGUAUGAGGAAAAUGUGUGACUGCUGGUUUAUGUAGUUAUCAGCCAAUCAGCGCAUCGUGGUCAUGGGAAUGGCAGCCCAUAAUGCAAGCAUGAGCAUGCGCACAGUUGCACACACACACACGCUCUCUCUCUCUCUCUCUCGGCCAGUCUAACCUCGCGUCAGUCGGUCAGAGAGAGUGCCGUGCCGUGCCGUGUUGUUGAUUUUUUUUUUCUCUGGGUCCACAAAGAUGUGGACCGCGGUCCGCCAAUUGCGGACCCUGGCAGUAUAAAGCAUAUACAAUGGAUAUAUUUAUGGGGAUUGGAGCUACAGAGAAGGUGGUACAGAAGAGGUAAAGUGAGACCAUGCAGAAUCAUAUUAACUUAAAUGCUGAUUUUGCUUAACCAGCUCUCAUAUAGCCGGCAGCAGAGAGCACUUAAAUUUGCAAGGCUGCACUCAAACUAACAAAUUCUGGAUGAAUGGCUUCAUGAGCAGCGGUCAGGAUGCUUUGCCAGUGCCUUCCUCAGCUCAGGGACACUUGACAGAUCAAAUCAAAUCAAAUCAAAUCAAACUUUAUUUAUAUAGCACUUUCAGGCAAAAAGAAAUGCAGCACAAAGUGCUUUACAAUUUAAAACAAUAAGCCCCCCCCAUAUCCAGCCCGCCACCCCACCCCCCCAACCCUCACCGAGAGCCCACCCCAACACACACACACACACACACACACACACACACACACACACAGAUAAUGCAAUCUUAAAAGCGUGUGGCUGAGUACAGAGGAGCCAAGUCAGGACACGUCAGGAGGCCGACUGCACUGGAGGCUGCUCACGGCCCCAGGCCAGGACAGCUCCACCCAGGUGCGCACCCCGCUACAAGCCAGUAAGUGGCCCACAGCAGCAAGCACUGCUGCAGACCACCAUCUGGCCGAGCUGAGCGCACACCAAGAGGCAGAGAAACCCUAGACAGAACCAGCCACAGCCUCCAGUGCAGGUGGCCCCCCUACUGAGGAAACCCUGGAGAAUUGCAAUAAAAACAUAGACUAAAUCAACUAAAAACAUCAAACUAGAUAAAAUUAUAAAAUACUGAUAAAUAGCUAAAAUAUCAUUUAAAAAAUAAGUAAAUAAAUAUAAUAAACAUAACAUGUAAAAUGAGGACUAAAAUAUAUAAAUGAAAUAAAAUAAGAUAAAAAUAGGAUAAAAAUAUAGAUUAAAAAUAAGACAUUAGUUAAAAGCCAAAUUAAAUAGGUGGGUCUUGAGCCUGCUCUUAAAAAUAUGAACAUUCUCUGCGGCCCUAAGGUCCUCCGGCAGGCUAUUCCAAAGAUGGGGGCCAUAGUGCUGGAAAGAUGCCUCACUGUAAGUUUGUGUUCUCACUUUGGGGACUAUUAAAAGGCCAGUGCCAGAGGAUCUCAGGGUCCGCGAGGGUUCAUAUUGUAAAAGCAAUUCUGAAAGAUAAGAAGGUCCAAGACCCCUAAGACAUUUAAAAACAUUAAACAUUAAAAGGACCUUAAAAUCAAUCCUAAAGCACACAGGGAGCCAAUGCAGUGAUUUUAAAACUGGUGUAAUGUGUGCCCGCCUUCUGGUCUUUGUCAGCACACGUGCUGCUGAGUUUUGCAACAGUUGUAAACUCGCAAUGUUUCUUUUUGGAAGACCAGAAAGCAGGGCGUUACAAUAGUCAAGAUGACUGGAGAUAAAAGCAUGCAUUAGCGUCUCUGUGUUAGCCCGGGAGAGAAAGGGCCGGACUCUGGCUAUAUUCUUUAAAUGAUAAAACCCUGUUUUUGUUAUAUUUUUAAUAUGUGGAAUAAAAGUCAGCUCAGAACCAAAGAUGAUGCCCAGAUUCUUUACCUGAUUUGAUAGAAUUAAAGACAGGGUUUUCAGUUUUGUUAAAAGUUUCUCUCCCUGAGCCUUAGGAUCGAUAAUUAAAACCUCAGUUUUAUCCUGGUUGAGCUGUAGGAAGUUUUCUGCCAUCCAGGAUUUAAUGUCUUGGAUACAGCUAAAAAGGGCAUCAAUUGGCCCUGUGUCAUCAGGAGACAUGGAUAUGUGCAGCUGUGUGUCAUCAGCAUAGCUGUGAAAAGUAAUACCAUGCCUCCUGAUGACAUCUCCCAGUGGGAGCAUAUAUAAAUUAAAAAGUAUGGGGCCUAAAAUUGAGCCUUGGGGCACACCACAUUUAAUGCUAUGAAUCUUUGAAGAGCAUGUGUCCAAACUUACAAGAAACUUUCGAUCUGUGAUAGCUUUAUUGUCUUUCCUUUUUUACUAGGCGGGUGUGUCUUGGGCAUGCCGAUUUCAGAUGCCCGUCCCUGGAGUAACUUGGCUUUUCCGAGUAGUAGGCUUAGGAGAGGCUUGGGUGGUUGGCCUGUAGCCACAGUUUUAGGGCACAGAUUGGAGCAGGGGUGAAAGACGUAUAAGGGUCUUGCAGGUACUGUACACAUAGACUUUGUACAAGAGGAGCACACCCAAGUUUAGCGAGGUGCUGACUCUGAUGCCACAAUAUCAUCUAUGCUGCAUCUCUCUUUCUCUUGAACAUAAAAACAAAUCAUAUUUUCUCUGCAUUUUGUAUUAUUUCUGCAUUAAGAUUUAAGCAGCUGACUCUUUAAAAGUUCCCUCCUUCCACAAAAGGCAGGAGGCAAUCCCCAGCGCCCAGGCAACCAGCGUCCAAUCAAAAGUGCGCAUUGAGCGCUCCUACUUCUGGAGUUUGUUUGGAAGCAAAUAGUUCAGACUGCCGUGCAGCAACACACUAAGACUACAUACAUGGCAGGGGUGAAAACUUUAAACUGCUGAUUAUGUCUUCCCGAAACAGUAUUACCGCUGCGUACUAGCUUACUGGCUUACUUUCACCUCUGGGUGUGACAGAAAGACCCGCAGAUUGAGCAGGAAAAAGCUUGAUGCCUGGUUAAAUGUGUACUCAUUAGAGCCUGGUCGACAAAGGACUAAGCAAGUCUUUGGUUGAAUCUUUGAAUGUACUUAGCAGCUUUGCUGAAAAUGAUUUUUGAUGUUCCUAGAAUAAUGAUCCUCCAUAAGUCAUGGCUGAAUCAGAAAUAAUGGCGAGAUAUGUGUCCAGUUCAGUUCUGCGUGCUGAAAACACUUAACAUAUGACAUCUCGAAAUAUGCAAAAAGCUAUGAAUUCAGCUAAGGUCGGAGAUUUAAACAGCCGGGGAUCACUAUCUUUAAGCACCACAGACAUGUCUCCACAAUCCAUAAUGCGUCUAUCAUUGUAGUCAGAGCACAGCAAGAUUUUUACAAGAUUGCCGUCAGUACCUGUGAGGAUUUGGCUUCACAGAUUUGUUGUAAUUGUAGCCGUGGGAGGGAAGAAUGGGAUGCCGGUGGAGACUGGGACUGCACUUUCCAGGGUUCUUUCACGGUAUGGUGACACUGUUGUUGAUUGUCGCUAGAGUGACAUCAUCGUUCAGCGCAUUGAAUGCAGGUGUGAUAGCUUGGAUGGAGGAAGACAGCCUAGCACAUGCCAAACUGGAUACUUUGAUGGCUGGAUGCUGGAUAGUGCUUUCAGGAUAGGAUUGUCGUCCAGGUCCACGGGUCUGGUAGCCUGGGUUGGGCCUCGCGCGCUGAGGGCGGCAGCAGUGACACAGCGGCUGAAGCUGGAACUGCCGUGACGCUGCGAGAGCAGUGUUUCUUUUCUCGGAGACACCGCCAUUCAUGAAGCUGGGAGAAAUAGAAGUUUUAUCUGCCAGAGGAGAGCUCCUGUGGAAGGGAACGCAGUUGUCAUUGCAAGGACUAGCUUCCUCGAUUUCAUAUUGCUGAUGUUGAUUUUCAGAAAAGCAGUCAAUCUGCCAUGGAUCCUCAUCGUGGGCAGUGAUCGACAUGAUGAAGAGCAAGGUAGGAAAAAGCAAAAACGCAGGUCUGAGUGUUCUUCUAAGUGGGAGCUUGCAGAGCAGUUGCAGCAGCUUGCUGGUUGCCUGUCGAAGCAGAGGAAGAGGCUGGGUUAGGGCAGUUUUAAAUAGGGCGCUCUAAAGGCGUAGGACCAGUAGGAGCUGGGGGGAAAUCAGCUGGGCCAUCAGCUGGUUGAGGUGGCUACCUUUCAUUGGCUGUGGAUCAGCGCUUGACAUCAUCACCUGCGAGAACUAACGCUAUGCUUCAUAUUAAAAACAUUCAUUCUGGCCCCUCUGAAGACAUCUUCUGGAGGAUAGACGUCUUUUUAACGUUUUCUGAACCACUUUUCACGCAGUGGGGUAAAUUGUUGUUACGGAGGAAUUACCAAACAGGUAAAAGGUUGUUACAGACAAACAACCAGACAGGUAAAAAGUUCAUACAAGAGAACAACCAAACAAUAAAAUUGUUGUGAUAGAAGAACAAUCAAACAGGUAAAAAGUUCUGAGAGGAACAACUCACCAGGUCAAUUCUUUUAAAGGAACAAUAUAACAGAUAAAAGGAAUGAAGAGGAACAACCGAACAGGUGAAAAGAUUUUCUGGAGGAACAACCAAAUAAGUAAAAAGUUGUUAAUGAGGAACAACCAAACAGGUCAAAAGUUGUAAUGCUAAAAGGAACAUCUCCAACUUUUGUUUAUUUUCAACAGGUUAGUCACAUGACUGGGUUUAAAAAAGGACAUUUAGAGAGGCUGAGUCCCUUAGAAGGAAAGAUGGGAAGAGGUUCACCACUCUGUGAGAGACUGCAUGAGCACUUCUAGAUUAAUGUUCCUAAGUUUUUAUGUGAAAGAAGGAGUGGAUUUUGCCACCUACAGAACAUAAUAUAAUUUAAAGAUUUAGAGAAUCUGAAGAAAUCUCUAUACUAAAAAGGGACUAGGACCAAAACCAAGACUGGAUGGGAAGAGGAAAAUUGGCCUGUGGUCUGAUGUAGAAAAACCACCACCCGGGUUUUUCUCAGUUCCAAGUCCAAAUCCAGCAUCCCUGAUGGUCUGUGAUCACCAGAGUCCAUGUAAUGGGUCGCUUCCACAUCUGUGAAGGCUCCAUUAACGCUGAACAAUAUCUACAGGUUUAGGAGCAACAUCUGCUGCCAUCCAGACAAAGACUUUUUCAGGGAAGACCUUAAUAUUUCAGCAAGACAAUGACAAACCACAUUCUUACAACAGCGAGGCUGAUGGAAACAUUUGGAGCAGCAUUGCCACACUAGUUUUUCCUUAAUUGGAUUAACCUGAAUCAACAUACCCAGACAGUUUUAAGGCAGAUUUAGUUAGCCCAAUACUAAACCUACAGAAACAUAAAUUUUGGUCCAUCACCAGAUUUCUUACUCAGCCACUAGAACCAUCAAGGUUUUAGUUUCAAGUAAUCCCAAACUAAAGUAUCAUCAGUGAGCCAUGCAUAUAGUGACUAAAAGCUUUGUUAACAUCAGCAGACUGCACAGAAAGCAAUCCAUGACUCUGGUCCUGUGAAUUACUCGGACCUGCUGCUGUGAUUAGCAGGAUUAGACUAAUGGUCCUGAGCCCGAAGCUGCAGACCGAUGGAUGUCUGCCUCUCGGCAGUCAGCCUGUUCUACUCCUCUGUCUACCAUUAAAUUACGCUGAAGUUUUUUAAUGAGGAGUUUUUUAAGCAGACCAUGGGAAAAAAAAGUUAUUAUUUUAACAGUUAUUGAUCAAACAUUUAGACUGCAGUCAGAUUGCAUGCUGGUAAAAAAUAAUAAUAAUAAAAAAAUAUAUAUAUAUAUAUAUAUAUAUAUAUAUAUAUACAUGUAUAUAUAUACAUAUACACAUAUAUACACAUAUACAUAUACACAUACAUAUGCACAUAUAUAUACAUAUACACAUAUAUACAUAUAUAAAUACAUACAGUAUAUACACAUAUAUACACACACACAUAUAUAUACACACACACACACACAUAUACAUAUACACAUAUAUAUACAUAUAUAUAUUUAUAUAUAUAAAAACAUAAACACAUAAACACAGAUAUAUACAUAUACACAUAUAUAUAAAUAUACGCAUAUAUAUACAUAUACACAUAUAUAUACAUAUAUAUACACACACAUAUAUAUACACAUAUAUAUGCAUACAUAUAUAAACACAUAUAUACAUAUAUACACACAUUUAUAUAUAUUUACACUAGGGCUGUCAAUCGAUUAAAAUAUUUAAUCGCGAUUAAUCGAAUUGUGAUCAUAAUUAAUCAUGAUUAAUCGCAAAUUGAUCACAUAUUUUUGAUCCAUUCUAAAUCGAUCUUUUUCAAAUUGUUAUACUUUUAUCAACAUAAGAAUCAACAUGAGGACAGAUCAUGGAUUUUCAUGGUAAUGGUGGUCCUACAAGGUAAUUCAUAUGUCCAGUCAUUGGAUGCGAUCCGUAUGCGGGGGGGGGGGGGGGGGGCUCUCUGCAUCAGCUGUGUACUUGGCCGACAAGUGAUAUUUGAGACUAGAUGUACUCCGGUGGUAACUAAAUUCAGCUCGACAGGAAACACAAAUGACUUUUGUCCUGUCAAGAGAGCCAUCUGGCAAGGCUUUGUAGCUGAACUUUCCGUUCAAAAUAGUGUUCUUAUCCAUUAUAUCCUAGUUACUGCUCACGUGAAUUUGUUUAUGUCUGCUGCGGUAUCGGUCAGUGCUCUACUUCCUGAUUCGCGAAACUACGGAGUGCCCCGAGGCUCACAUAGCUCACCAACUGUUCCUCUACCCUUUUACAACGGCAACAAUAUCCACGCAGUGUGUGUAUAGUUUGGUCAAGCCAGGCUAAGGUUUGCGUUAAUCGUGCGUCAAAAAAAUUAGUGGCGAUAAAAGUCACUCGAGUUAACGCGACAAUAACGCGUUAACUUUGACAGCCUUAAUUUACACAUAUAUUUACACAUAUAUACAUACACUUAUAUAUACACAUCUUUAUAUACACAAAUUUUUACACACAUAUAUAUACACACACACACACACACACACAUAUAUAUGUAUAUAUAUAUAUAUAUAUAUAUAUAUUUAUAUAACGUGAGCUUUAAAUGCAAAAAAGUGUGUGAAGAAUUAGUCUGCAAUGCUGAUGUGGUCAAUUGUUGCUGUGGACAUAAUUUGAAAAACACAUAACUGAAGUCCUUGUUGGAGCCCGAUAUGUUACAAUGGCCCGAAAUGUAACACUGGCCAAAAAUGUAGUUUAAAAUUAAAAAAAAAACCUGAAAUGUAAUAACUAGUUGAUCAUGUAACAAGAUGCCAAGGCCCAAAAGGUGAUCAUUUUGCCCAAAAUGUUGCAACUUGUUACACGGCCUCACAGGCCUGAUUUGCAAAGGUAUGUUUUUGUGCCUGUUGAAUCUGAAAAGACAACUGUGAGCUGAGUUAGCUCAUAUCUAAAGAGAAACCGCUAGCAGAAAACAUUAUUACCUGAAAACGGGUGCUAUAAAAAAUGGACUUCUAACAGUUCAAAAAGAAGGAGCACAAAGUUUGUGAGAAAAACUGUCUUCUAAUAUAGCUGCCUAAACUUCUGUUCUUCCCUGAUAAGAUGCAUUUUGAGGAAAAUCUAUAAUUAUUGUACGAGCCAUAUUAUAAUUUUCUUAUUUUUCCCCAUGCUGUGACAUCACUCUCAAGCCACGCUCAGGUUCAAGGGUCAUGGUGGCCAGGUUACUUGAGUAGGGUGGUAAUCCUACGAAGAUCCAUUUACGCACCAUGGGUUAUAGCAAGGCGGUGCCCAGCUACAUUAUUAAUGGCUUGGAAAUCUCUGAGUUUAGUGGCAAUCAGUUUUUCAAUUGGCACCAAUGCCUCCAAGUUAAUGGAACCGUGGGAGGUCAUUAACAGCCAUGGAGAUGGACCCUAUGCUGUCAGAACCCUACUGGGGUGGGUUAUUAAUGGGCCUUUACAAGUCAAUGACAAGCAUAGUAGGAGUGGCUGCCCCACAGUAACGGUUAAUCGCACAGUUGUAGACAGGUUGGAGGAACUGCUUAUUAACCAGUACAAUCACGAUUUUAAUGAAAAGAGCUCUAAAAACCAAAAGGAGAUGUCAAGAGAUGAAAUGAAGUAUAUGGAACUUGUGAAGAGCUCUGUUCAGCUACAAGAUGGGCAUUACCAACUGAAGCUGUCCUUCAAAUCUGAGAACAUUUCCUUGCCAAACAACAUCUGCGUUGCCAAGCAACGUAUUCGUGGCCUGGAAAGGAAACUGCGGAGGAAUGAAAUGUUUCAUGCUGAGUACACAAACUUUCUCUCCGAUGUCAUCAACAAAGGUUAUGCGGAACAGGUGCCACAACAACAGUUGGAACCACGGGAGGGAAAGGUGUGGUACAUACCCCAUCAUGGCGUGUAUCACCCCAAGAAGGGCAAGCUACAGGUGGUGUUUGACUGUGCAGCAGAGUUUAAAGGUACCGUCACCUACCUCAGAAUUGAGAACACAGAGAAAAUGGUUCAUAUUGCUUUCCUGUUCGGCAAGGCCAGAGUGGCUCCACUGAAGACUGUUACCAUCCCUCGCCUGGAACUCACAGCUGCUGUUGUCACCAUUAGAGUGGACAAAAUGCUUCAGGCUGAGCUGCAGCUUCCACUGAAGAAAUCGGUCUUCUGGACAGAUAGCACGUCGGUACUCAAGUACAUAAAAAACGAAGAUAAGCGGUUCCAAACAUUUGUGGCAAACAGGAUAACCACUAUAAGGGACCACUCGGACGUGUCACAAUGGCGAUACGUCCCCACAUCACAAAACCCUGCUGACAGUGCUUCGAGAGGAUUGAAGGCAGAAGAUCUGCUUAAUCAAAAAUGGAUUGUGAGCCCAGUGUUUCUGUGGGAGCCUAAGGAAAAGUGGCCAGAAGCUCCUGCGGAUGUCAACAUCCCUGCUGACGACCCAGAGGUUAAAUGAAAUUAUGUAGUGAAUGCAACUGUUGUCGAUGCUGCAAAUGCCACUCACCGACCGAUAGCCUAUUUCUCUGACUGGCAGAGAUUGAAAGUUGCAGUUGCAUGGAUUCUUAAGCUGAAGGAAGUCCUGCAAACCCUGAGUCAGAAAAGAAGGCAGUUACAGCUUGGAAGUAAUGGCGGUAAUGGAUCACCUUUACUAGAUGUGCAUAAAGAGAUGCAAGCUGUGAAAGCUUCACUGGGAAGCCAAAAGGUGUCGCUUGAAGACCUCACUGAAGCAGAAAAAUCUAUAAUUUCAUUCUGUCAGCAACAGAAAUUCAACAGUGAAAUCGCUGCAUUAAUCGCUGGAAAACCAGUGCAGAAGAGCAGCACCAUCUUUAAACUGGAUCCUACGCUGGAUGGAGGUCUUCUAAGAGUUGGGGGUCGAUUGAACAGAGCAGCAAUGCCCAAAGACUUAAAACAUCCCCUCAUCUUAUCUAAAGACCAGCACAUCUCAGGUCUUAUCCUCCACCACUUUCAUGAACAGCUGGGUCACGGAGGAAGGAAUCAUAUACUUUCCUCUGUCAGGAGAAAAUAUUGGAUCACAAGCGCCAAUUCUGCAGUAAGGAAGAUCACUAAAACGUGCAAAUUCUGCAGACUUUACAGAGGAUUGACUGGUGAACAAAAAAUGGCAGACCUGCCUGCAGAAAGAGUUGUCCCAGAUCUUCCUCCUUUCACAAAUGUUGGCGUAGAUUACUUCCCCUUGCCCAUCAACGUCAAAAGGGGACGUAGCAUUGAGCAUUGUAAAACGUCACGGAGUAAUCUUCACUUGCAUGACAAGCAGAGCUGUUCAUCUGGAAGUCGCCUACUCCCUCGAUACAAACUCAUGUAUCAUCGCUGUCCAGAGAUUCAUCUGUAGUGGAGGACAAGUUUCUCACAUGAGAUCGGACAAUGGAACCAACUUUGUGAGCACAGAAAGAGAGCUAAGAGAGGCCUUAGCUUCUCUUGAUCAAACCAUCAUUGAAAGAUCUCUGGCACAAAAGGGAAUAAAAUGGAGUUUCAACCCACCGGCUGGAUCUUAUUACGGGGUGUUUGGGAGCACAUCAUCCGAAUGAUCAGAAGGGUCCUGAGCUCUAUGCUUCAACAGCAAACACUGGACGAUGAAGGCUUUCGAACUGUGUUGUGCAAAGUGGAAGCUAUGUUAAAUGAUCGUCCCAUCACCAGACCCUUGGACGACCCAAAUGACCUAGAGGCAUUGACUCCAAAUCAUCUGCUCCUGCUAAAAGGAAAACCAGUUCUCCCACCAGGACUGUUUGACAAAAACGAUCUCUAUGCAAAGAGAAGAUGGAGACAGAGCCAAUAUAUUGCAGAUCUCUUCUGGAAGAGAUGGAUUCACGAGUACUUACCGUUACUGCAAGAGCGACAAAAAUGGACAAAGGAAAGAAGAUGCUUCAUACCUGGAGACAUUGUUGCAGUGAUGGAUUCGUCAGCACCAAGAGGAUCUUGGAUACUUAGAAGAAUACUGAAAACCUUUCCUGACAGAAAGGGUCUAGUACGGUCAGUUAGUCUUCAAACAGAGACUAAUGUAAUUGAAAGACCCGUGACUAAAAUCUGUCUUCUAUGUGAAAAUACAGACUAAAGAAAUUUUGAGUUUAAAUUUUGCCUGAGUCACGAGUACUUAAAAGGGUAUUUUUUUGUAUUUAUGUUCUGCUAUGGUGUUUAUGGCUCUAUUUUUAUUUUUUAUGGUAUGAAUUGCUCUGUUUUCGUGUACAAGUAGCAGUUAGGGGCUGGCGUGUGAGAGCCAUAUUAUAAUUUUCUUAUUUUUCCCCAUGCUGUGACAUCACUCUAAAGCCGCGCCCAGGUUCAAGGGUCAUGGUGGCCAGGUUACUUGAGUAGGGUGGUAAUCAGCGGCAGGUGUUGCUGAUUGGGAGAGACAAACAGUCUUUUGACUGUUGGAGUGUGGACUGGUGUUCGUGGAAUUAACCGUUUUUCUUUAUUUUAUUUGUUCCUGUGCUUAAGAGGAAAAGAAGAUGUGGGAAUAAAAUACAGUUUAUUUCAAUUCUGGAUACAUUUUUGGACAUCAGUUUAUUUCACACCACACGUCAGAAGUUAGUUCUUUUUCUUUUACUCAGCAACCAGUAGAGGCAUGUGUUUAGGACAUUGCCUCUACAAUUAUUAUUGUCAAAUUGAACAUUUAAAGUCGGGACAAUCAAUACUUCAUUAACAUACCAUCAGAGCUAGAAAAUGUGUAAACACAAAUUAUAUACAGAAAAAAGCUAAUUUGAGCAACAUCACUUCAUUCUCCAUACGGUAACCCUGUCCCCUCAAUAACAGUUACAGAAGUAAGAAGUAACAACAAUUGUUAUGUAUUUAGUAAUGGCUCCACAGUGAUAUCCCCAACAACGCCGUGGAGCUAGAUGAACGUGAGCUACAUCGCGCGGACAGAACAGCUGAUUCAGGCAAGUCCGUAGGCGGUGGUUUAUGCAUUUAUAUAAACAAAGCCUGGUGCACGGACAGUACUACACUCGAGAGUCACUGCUCUGUUAACUUAGAGUAUCUGAUAGUUAAAUGCAGACCUGUUUACCAACCUAGGGAAUUCUCUGUCACCCUAGUGAUCGCAGCUUACAUACCCCCCCGAAGUUAAUGCUAAGUUAGCAAUGAAGGAACUUCACGUUGCUAUUAGCAAAUAUCAGACCUUGCAUCCUGAGGCAGCCUUCAUCGUAGCUGGAGAUUUCAAUCACUCUAACCUGAGGACUGUGCUCCCAAAGUUCUAUCAGCACGUCACAUGUCCCACAAGAGGUGACAAGAUCUUAGAUCAUGUUUAUACCAACAUCAAAGAAGCAUACAGAGCUGUCCCUCUCCCUCACCUGGGACGUUCUGACCACCUUUCCCUGUUCCUCCUCCCCAAGUACAUUCCACUCAUUAAAAGGAUCAAACCCACGAUUAGAUCUGUAAAGAUAUGGCCUGAGGGGGCAGAUCUGGAGUUACAGCGCCGGCUACAAUCUACAAACUGGAGCCUAUUUGCCACACAAGCCACCAUAGACUCCCACAUUGACAUUCACUCUUACACCUCCUCUGUUCUGAACCACAUCAGCACCAAUAUUGACAGUGUCACUACCACCAAACGGAUUAUCACCUUUUCCAACCAAAAGCCGUGGAUGAACACUGAGGUCCGGCUUCAGAUGAAGGCACGUGACACCGCCUUCAGAUCAGGUGACAAGCGGGCCUACUGCUCAGCCAGGGCUGACCUGAACAAGGACAUUAAGCAGGCCAAGCAGAGCCACAAGCGCAAGGUUGAGGAUCACUUCAACACCAAUGAUCCUCGACGCAUGUGGCAAGGCAUUCAGGCCAUUACAGACUACAAACCCUCCAACAACCCCCCAGCAACAGACCCCACUCUCCCCAACAAGCUCAACAACUUCUAUGCCCGCUUCGACAGAGACAACUGGGAGACGCCCAUCAGAGCUGUCCUGCCUGCUGAUCUCCAACCCCUCACUUUCUCCACCACAGAUGUGCAUGCAGCACUGAGCAGGACCAACCCACGCAAGGCAGCUGGGCCUGAUGGCAUCCCUGGUCGGGUGCUCAUAAACUGUGCUGACCAGCUGACGGAAGUGCUCACGGACAUUUUCAACCUGUCCCUAGCCCAAGCUGUUGUCCCGGCGUGUCUCAAGUCCACCUGUAUCGUGCCUGUGCCGAAACACACCACAACGACUUCCGCCCUGUCGCUCUCACUUCUACCAUCAUGAAGUGUUUUGAGAGGCUGGUUCUGGCUCACCUCAAAGCUGGCCUCUCUCCGUCCCUCGACAGGCAUCAAUUUGCCUAUCGGAAGAACAGGGGCACGGACGACGCCAUUUCAUCCGCCCUUCACACUGCCCUCACUCACCUGGACAAGAGGAACACUCAUGUACGGAUGCUGUUUAUUGACUUCAGCUCGGCAUUCAACACAAUCAUCCCCUCCAAACUCAUCUCCAAGCUCCGUGACCUUGUAUCAACCAAGCACCUGGACAUUACCCCCUCCAUCUGUAACUGGAUCCUCGACUUCCUCACUAACAGGCCCCAGUCUGUUAGGAUUGGCAACCUCACCUCCUCCACCCUAACCCUGAGCACUGGUGUCCCACAGGGCUGUGUGCUGAGUCCCCUCCUCUACUCCCUCUUCACCUACGAUUGCACUCCCAUGCAUGGUUCUAACACCAUCAUUAAGUUUGCAGACGACACAACGGUGGUGGGCCUCAUCACAGACAACAAUGAGACAGCCUACAGGGAGGAGAUACAGCACCUGGCGUCAUGGUGUGCCGACAACAACCUGACAUUGAACACCGACAAGACCAAAGAGGUCAUCGUGGACUUCAGGAGGACUAGGACUGUCACUCACGCUCCUAUCUACAUCGACAGAGCAGAGGUCGAACGGGUCUCCAGCCUCAAAUUUCUGGGCGUACAGAUCUCUGAGGACCUCUCCUGGACCCUCAACACCUCGUCCCUGCUCAAGAAGGCCCAUCAGCGUCUCUUCUUUCUGAGGAGAUUGAGGAAAGCCCAUCUAUCUCCUCAUAUACUAGGGAACUUCUAUCGCUGUGCCAUUGAGAGCAUCCUCACAUACUGCAUCACGGUCUGGUAUGGUAACUGUACAGCCUCUGACCGAAAGGCACUGCAGAGGGUGGUGAAAACUGCCCAACGCAUCACUGGUACAUCUCUCCCUGUCAUUAAGACCAUCUAUGACAGUCGGUGCCUGAGGAAGGCUCACAGCAUCAUCAAAGACCCCUCUCAUCCCAACCACGGACUGUUCACCCUCCUCCCCUCUGGGAGAAGAUACCGGAAUCUAGCUUCCAAGUCAAGCAGACUCAGGAACAGUUUUUUCCCCUCCACUGUCAUCUCCCUAAACCCCUCAUCCACUCCUCUCCCCCCUCCAGUAAUAGCCCCCCCUCCCCUUCCACCCACCCACGUUCCUGCUGUAUCUUAACUCAUCCUGUGGACAUGUGCAAUAUGGUCACUGGACCUGGACCUUAAUCUAGCACUUCUGUGCAAUAUGGGCUACGUGCAAUAUUAAUCUGACAGUAUUGAAUGCAUUUAUUUAUUAUUUAUCGCUACAAUACACAUUAUUAUUUAUUCAAUUUCUAGCACUGACAUGUUUACUCUGCACUCUGGUGAGAUGUGAAAAUACUUUUCGCUGUACUGUACUUGUACUGUACAUUGACAAUAAAUUGAAUCUCAUCUCAUCUCAUCUCAAUGAUCAUGAUUUGGUAAUUAUAGAGAGACUACCACUUUAGUACCAAGAAACACCUCCACUAUUCCUUUAUCAUCUGUCAAACAGGAAAAUAACCACAACAUUACUCUGUAGUUUUCUGAUAACUAAAAUGCUCUGUACAUAGCAGUAACAAGUGGAUGACAACAAACAAACCAAACCUCAAGAACUGAAAAAAUCUUGCAUGAUAAUCCACCAACCAUGACCAGUGUGUCGUAAUUCUGCUGAUAUAACUGUGUUCUAUCCACAUAUUUAGAUGUCUUUUUAAGGAAUAUCUUUCUGAUAAAUGACUGCUAGAAGUGUUUUUAGGGGAAACACUUUUUAAAAGUGCCCUCUGUCAGCUGUUUCAGCAUGUCAAAUGGAAAAAAGUGCCCCCCAGAUGUGCUACCAAUGGUUAAAACAACUAUCAAAAAGUGCCCUCUGGAUGCACUUUCAGCAGACAAAAUGUACAAAAUUUGUUUUCAAAAUAUGCUCUGACACAGAUAAAAAGUGCCUUUAAACAGUUAAUAAGGCAUGAAAAAAAUGCCCUCUGAAUCCCCAUCCCAUAGAGUAAAAAUAAAAAGGACCCCCCUUAAGGUUCCUGUUGAUGCCCUUCAUUCAGGUAAACAUAAAUUGUGUACCUUGUAUAAAAAAGUUUUCCCUGGAUGCCUUUCUGUACAGAUAAGUUGUUUUAAAAAGCCCUCCAUGUUUUCUGUCUCUGGUUGCCCUCCAACAGAUAAAAUGUCCCCCUGGUCAUAAACAUUGUUAUAAAGUUUAUGCUGAGUGGACAUGAAACUAAACCAGUGUUAACUAAGUGAAUUCAAUCAUGUUUCUGGGUGUUUUGUCUUGUUGUUGGUGAUAUUUUUGACAGUGUUUUGUGUCAUUGUCCUCAGAUGCCGUGUACGUGCUGUGCUACAGCCUCAUCCUACUGUCCAUCGACCUGACCAGCCCACACGUCAAGAACAAAAUGUCCAAGAGGGAAUUCAUUAGGAACACUCGACGAGCUGCGCACAACGUGUCGGACGACUUCGUGGGCCACCUAUAUGACAACAUUUACUUGAUUGGACAUGUGGCUGCGUAG